GGAACGCGCACGUAGCGGAGACUGUGAGAGCGCGCACUGAGGUGUGUAACAGCCCUGGAGCUCAAUUAGCUAUUUAUAUUAUACAUUAUUAUUAUAUUAUUAUUAUUAUUAUAUUAUACAUUAUUAUACACCGUUAUUAUAUAUCAUUAUAUUAUUAUUAUUAUUAUACACUGUUAUUAUUAUACAUCAUUAUUAUACACUGUUAUUAUUAUUAUAUUAUUAUUAUUAUUAUUAUACAUCGUUAUUAUAUUAUUAUACACUGUGUGUGACUGGCUGGGAGCUAAAUCUUUAUUAUUAUUAUUAUUAUAUCAUUAUUAUUAUUAUAUUAUUAUACAUCGUUAUUAUAUUAUUAUUAUACACUGUGUGUGACUGGCUGGGAGCUAAAUCUUUAUUAUUAUUAUUAUUAUUAUUAUUAUACACUGUGUGUGCCUGGCUGGGAGCUAAAUCUUUAUUAUUAUUAUUAUUAUUAUUAUUAUUAUUAUUAUUAUACACUGUGUGUGCCUGGCUGGGAGCUAAAUCUUUAUUAUUUAUUAUUAUUAUUAUUCUUCACUGUGUGUGACUGGCUGGGAGCUAUAUCUUUAUUAUUAUUAUUAUUAUUAUUAUUAUACACUGUGUGUGCCUGGCUGGGAGCAAAAUCUUUAUUAUACAUUAUUAUUAUUAUUAUACACUGUGUGUGACUGGCUGGGAGCUAUAUCUUUAUUAUUAUUAUUCACUGUGUGUGACUGGCUGGGAGCUAAAUCUUUAUUAUUAUUUACCCCUUAACCCCUUAAGGACCGAGGACGGUUCAGGACCGUCAUCGGCAUUUUUGCGUUGCCGACCGAUGACGGUCCUGAACCGUCCAAACGGUCUGGGGCUACUUACCUGAUCGCCGUCGUUCCCCCGGCGGCGAUCAGUGUUCCUCCGGUUGUGGGGAGACUGCCUGCAGCCCAGACAGUCUCCCCACUGCAGAUUAGGACCCCUGUGGCCAUGUGAUCGCUUAACACAGCGAUCACAUGGUCACAAUAGGUGUCCAUGUGUCUGCCUGCAGGGGGACUGUCUGUGCUGACAGGCAGUCUCCCUGCAACUGUAAAAUCAAAAAAAAAAUUAAAGUUAAUGGUAAUAAAAAAAAUAAUAAUAAUUAUAUAUGUAUAAAUAUGAUAUAUAGACAUAUAUUAUAUCUAUAUAAUAUAUGUCUAUAUAUCAUAUAUAUAAUGCCAUACUAAGUGUAUUUUUAUAUUAAUAUGUACUUAUAUUAAUAUAAAAAUACACUUAUAAUUAAAUUACACACGUAUAUAUAUAAUAUAUAUAAUAACUAUAUAUAUUGUAUAUAUAUAUUAUUAUAAAAUAUAAAUAAUAAGUAAUUUAAAUUAAAUAAUUUUUUUUAAAUAAUAAUAAAAAAUUUAAAAAAAAUUAUAUAGCUAUAUGAAAUUUUAUUCUAACUGUAUUUUAAAAUUAAUAUAUAUAUAUUUAUAUCAAAAUACACUUAGAAUGAAUUUAUAUAUAUAUCUAUGUAUAUAAAAAUAAAUAAAAAUAAUAAGAAAUAUACAUACGUCCAUAUACAAAAUUACAUAAAUAAUUAUAUAAAUAUACACGUAGACUUCAAAUAUAUAAAUAUGCAUAUAUAUUUAAAUUCUACGUGCGUAUUUAUGUAAUAUUUUACAUAAUUCAGUAAUUUUAUUGAUUGCAAUUUGAGGGACCUGCCUGCCAACCCAGGCCGAAAUUCCAGAGAAUUUAAUUUGCUAGCACUGUAUUUUACCCUGUAACGUUCUACGACACCCUAAAACCUGUACAUGGGGGGUACUGUUUUACUCGGGAGACUUCGCUGAACACAAAUAUUAGUGAUUCACAACAGUAAAACAUAUCACAGCGAUGAUAUUGUCAGUGAAAGUUACUUUUUUUGCAUUUUUCACACACAAACAGCACUUUUACUGAUGAUAUAAUUGUUGUGAUACGCUUUCCAGUUUUUAAACACUAAUAUUUGUGUUCAGCGAUGUCUCCCGAGUAAAACAGUACCCCCCAUGUACAGGUUUUAUAGCAUUUUUGAAAGUUACAAGGUCAAAUAUAUGGGUCAAAUAUUUUUACAUUGAAAAUGGCCAGGUUGGUUACGUUGCCUUUGAGAGCGUAUGGUAGCCCAGGAAUGAGAAUUACCCCCAUGAUGGCAUACCAUUUGCAAAAGAAGACAACCCAAGGUAUUGCAAAUGGGGUAUGUCCAGUCUUUUUAGUAACCACUUGGUCACAAACACUGGCCAAAAUUAGCGUUCAAUUUAGUUUUUUUACUUUUUUCACACACAAACAAAUAUGAAUGCUUACUUUGCCAGUGUUUUUUGGCUACUAAAAAAAGACUGGACAUACCCCAUAUUGAAUACCCUGGGUUGUCUACUUUAAAAAAAAUAUGUACAUGUGGGGUGUUAUUCAGAGAUUUAUGACAGAUAAUAGUGUUACAAUGUCACUAUUGAUAAAUUUUAAAAUGUAUGUUUUGAAACCGCAAUAUCCUACUUGUACCUAUAGCCCUAUAACAUGCAAAAAAAAGCAAAAAAGCACGUAAACACUAGGUAUUUUUAAACUCAGGACAAAAUUUUGAAUCUAUUUAGCAGUUUUUUUCAUUCGCUUUUGUAGAUGAGUAAAAGAUUUUUCAAGUAAAAGUCAAAAAACAUGUAUUUUUUUCAAUUUUUCAUCAGAUUUUUGUAUUUUUUUUAAAUUAAAAUACAUGAGAUUAUAUAAAUAAUGGUAUGUAAAGAAAGCCCAUUUUGUCCUGAAAAAACAAUAUAUAAUUUGUAUGGGAACAGUAAAUGAGAAAGCGGAAAAUUACAGCCAAACACAAACACCACAAAAGUGUAAAAAUAUUCCUGGUCGCAAAUGUACAACAUCGCAAAAACAGUCCAGUCCUUAAGGGGUUAAGGAUGGAGCCAAAUGUACCUGUUGUGAACGAAACAAAAUGUAAACAGAACCUGGCAUUUGCGCUACAUGUCUGUCCAACUGUAAUUCACCCCUUUCAUAGUAAAUGCACCCACCCUUAUUAUAUAUCAUUUUGUUCAGGGGAAACAGGGCUUUCAUUUAAUAUCAAAUAUUUAGCUAUGAAACAUAAUUUAAUUUGAAAAUAAUUGGAGAAAAUAAGAUAUUUUUUUUUUUUUUUUUUAGUUCUACAUGACAUUUUAACUGUCAGGGUCAUAAUACUGUUUGCUUUUACUGCAAUAAAAUACACAUAUUUGUAUUCAGCAAAGUCUCAAUGUAAAACAGUACCCCCUAUGUACAGGUUUUAUGGUGUUUUGGGAAGUUACAGGGUCAAAUAUAGCACGUUACAUUUGAAAUUGAAAUUUGCCAGAUUGGUUACGUUGCCUUUGGGACUUUAUAGUAGCCCAGGAAUUAAAUUUACACCCAUAAUGGCAUACCAUUUGCAAUAGUGGACAACCCAAAGUAUUGCAAAUGGGGUAUGUCCAGUCUUUUUUAGUAGCCAUUUGGUCACAAACACUGGCCAAAGUUAGCGUUAGUAUUUGUGUGUGGAAAAAUGCAAAAACCGCCAAUUUUGGCCAGUGUUUGUGACUAAGUGGCUACUAAAAAAGACUGGACAUAACCCGUUUGCAAUACCUUGGGUUGUCUACUAUUGCAAAUGGUAUGCCAUCAUAGGGGUAACUUUCAUUCUUGGGCUACCAUAGGGUCUCAAAGGCAACGUAACCAAUCUGGCGAAUUUUAAUGUGAAAAAAAUUAAACACAAGCCUUAUAUCUGACGCUGUAACUUUUGAAAACACCAUAAAACCUGUACAUGAGGGGUACUGUUGUACUCGGAAAACUUUGCUGAACACAAAUAUUUGUGUUUCAAAACAGUAAAAAGUAUCGCAGCAUUAAUAUAGUCCGUGUAAGUGCUGUUUGUGCAUGGAAAAAUGCCAAAAACGUCACUUUUACUGGCGAUAUCAUCGUUGUAAUACAUUUUACUGUUUUGUGUUCAGCGAAGUCUCCCGAGUAGAACAGUACCCCCCAUGUACAUGUUUUAUGGUGUCUUGGAAAGUUAUAGGGUUAAAUAUAGUGCUAGCAAAUUAAAUUCCCUUUACUUUCGGCAUGGGUUGUCAGGCAGGUCCCGCUAAUUGUAAUUAAUUAAGAUACCUAAUUCUGUAAAAAUAUUACAUAAAUAUAUAUAGGUAGAAUUAAAGGACCACUAUAGUGCCAGGAAAACAUACUCGUUUUCCUGGCACUAUAGUGCCCUGAGGGUGCCCCCACCCUCAGGGACCCCCUCCCGCCCGGCUCUGGAAAGGGGAAAAGGGGUUAAACUUACCUUUUUCCAGCGCUGGGCCGAGCCUCUGCCUCCCAUCCUCCCUCCUCCCCUCCUGGUUGAAUACGACGCCAUGCAAAGCUGCGCUACAAGAUUCAGUUUCAAAAUGAUAGGAAAGCAUUUACAAUGCUUUCCUAUGGACGCUGGCGUGCUCUCACUGUGAAAAUCACAGUGAGAAGCACGCAAGCGCCUCUAGUGGCUGUCAAUGAGAUAGCCACUAGAGGAUUAGGGGGAAGGCUUAACCCAUUCAUAAACAUAGCAGUUUCUCUGAAACUGCUAUGUUUAUAAAAAAAAAUGGGUUAACCCUAGAAGGACCUGGCACCCAGACCUAGAGUGGUCCUUUAAUGUGUGUGUGUGUAUGUAUGUAUGUAUGUAUGUAUGUAUAUAUAUAAUUUUUUUAAUAUUUGUAUUUAUAUAUAGUGAUAAAUACGUAUAUAUUUAUGUAUAUAGAUAUAUAUAUUAUUUCAUUCUACGUGUAUUUUGAUAUAAAUAUAUAGUAAUAUCACAAUACAGUUAGAACGAAAUAACACACAUCUAUAUAUUUUUUAAUUAAAUUUUUUAACAUUUACAUAUUUUUUUAUAUUAUAUAACAAUAAUUAUAUAUAUAUAUAUAUAUCAGUAUCAGUCUACUUGUGUGUGUGUGUGUGUGUAUGUAUAUGUUAGAAUAUAUAUGUGUGUGUGUGUGUGUGUGUGUGUGUGUGUAUAUGUAUAUGUAUGUAUAGUGGAAAAUUUAUUCAUACUUACCGUAAUUUUCUUUUCCUGGCUAUUAUUCAUGGCAGCAUAUACACAUGGGUUAGCUCCUCCCCUACAGCCGAUAGGACAGGAAAACCACCAAGGUUUUAAAAGGAGGCUCCAUCCCUAAGGUCCUCAGUCAGUUUACAAGCUCUACAGUACAUAAAUAGAGACAUUAAUGGGAGGGAAGUAUAUGCUGCCAUGAAUAAUAGCCAGGAAAAGAAAAUUACGGUAAGUAUGAAUAAAUUUUCCACUUUCCUGGCUAAUCAUGGCAGCAUAUACACAUGGGGAAUACCCAAGCUUACAAAGGGAGGGACAGAAUAGCCAAUCAAAUUAUCAGAAUAAUUCAACAUAGAUAGAAGAAUGAACUGAGUUAAGUACUUGAGUACCAAAUUGUGCAUCAUAGACUGUUUUAACGAACAGUAUGAAAUGCCAGACAAACGUGUCUAAAGAGUUUCAAAUGCUAGCUUACAAAAAGUGCCAGCAGAAACCAUUGCCAUGGCAACCCAUGAUGCUGCAACAGCAUGAGAGGAGAGUGCCCUGAUACCCUCCAGCACAGGUAGAGAACGGACGUGACGUCCAAAUUGUGCCUCAUUAAUUGCUUCAAUGUCCAAUAUGUAAUGCAGGACAAACUAGUUCAAAGAGAUCCAAAUGCCAACUUUACAAAUCUUCAGCAGAGACCAUUGCCAUGGAAGUCCACGAUAUGCUAUAACAGCACUAGUGGAGAAUGCCCCAAAUCCUUUGCUACAGGUAGAGAACUGCAUUGAAAGGCUCUCACUUUAGGCACGAUCACUGGUGCUACAUGCAAGACAACCAUAUCCUGUUGAAAUUCAGUGAAUGGGGGUACACAGGAUCAAGCCUGGAGUUCACCCAUUCCCCUUCCUGGGAUACAAGCCACCAGCACUUUCUGUGCUACCACCAUGGAAGCUCCUUCUAGAGGUUUGAAUAAUGGUUCAGUCAGGGCCCGUGAGACCAGUGGUACGUCACAUAUUGGCUUCACCACACUCAGUGGAGGCAUGAUUUCAAUCAAUGCCUAUAUGAAGCAAAGUGUAGCUAAGUGCACACAUUCACCCUGCUGAGGUACCAGUCACCAGCAACAGCAACGUCUGGGCUAACAUCAUGGAAGCUCCUGCUAGAAGUUCAGUCAGAGUCUGUGAGACCAGUGGUACAUCACAUAUUGGUUUCAACACCCUCAGCGGAGGCUUGAAUUCAAUUGUUGCUUACAUGAAGCAAAGCACCAGGGGCAUCAAUGCUCAAUCGGUACCCUUCAGUACAGGUAGAGAAUGACAUAGAUAAGCAUUCACCAUAGGCAGGAUCUUCAGGUGCCAAAUGCAAGACGACCAUACCUGUUGAAAAGUAGUGAAAGGGGGUUCACAGGAUUAAGCCUGGAGUUCACCCAUUUUCCUUGCUGGGGUACCAGCCACCAGCACUUUCUGUGCUACCACCAUGGAAGCUCCUUCUAGAGGUUCGAAUAAUGGUUCAGUCAGGGCCCGUGUGACCAUUGGUACGUCACAUAUUGGCUUCACCACACUUAGUGGAGGCAUGAUUUCAAUCAAUGCCUAUAUGAAGCAAAGUGCAGCUAAGUGUUCCUCUAGAGUGUUAUAACACAGAACCUUUCAAGGCCUGAACGAGGAGUAAUUCCAACAGACAAAAGCAUGUCAAGCUUAGUAAAGCCUGUAUAGGAUUGUAAGAGGAUCUCAAUGAACGUCUCAGGGAUGCCUAUACUAAUAUGGACUCCCACAUCAACACCAGAACUUGAGGAUCCUGGUGUGUCAUGGGGCCUUGUAAUAGGUCUGGACGUACAGAAAUUUCCCUUGGGGGUUCCAGAAUCAUCUUAUUCAUCAUAGGAAUUAGAGUCGACACGGUCUUCCACUGUCACCUUUUGCAUUGCCUUUUUAAGAAGGUCGAAAACAGGAAAAUAUGUACAUCAGACUAAAAUUCGAAAUUUGAGCCAGUGUAUCCUGAACCUGAGCAUUCUGGUCCUAGCAUGUAAAAAAUACUUCUGGACCUGAUAGUUCCAAGAAAUGGCCAUCAGAUCUAUGUAGGGUAUCAGACAAUCUGCGUCAACCACGAGGAUACGUCAGGACAUGGUUGCCAAUCCACCUUGUCCACAGUUAUUCGGCUCCAGCAAACAGCCAUGGUAUUCUGAGCCACUGGUUGUUCUUCUGUGCCCUGAUCAUUAUGGGCUGGAAUUCCAUCAAUACGUAUCUGUGAGACCCAUCUUGGUAGAUAUAGGAUACAGUUGCAUUGAUAUUUGAGCAAAUUUGGACCCACUCGUUCUUCAGCAAGCCUCUGAAGUGAAGAAGAGUCUUGAAAAUGACUCUUAAUUCCAUACAAAUGAAUGGAAAUAUUGUGCAACAUGGUCCAAACACUGUGUAACCAAUCUUAUAAAAACUGGAAUUCGAGCUAAUAAUUGACCAAUGAGGUUCUGUUCACUGGAAACUCAGAUCUAAUCCCUCUUUCAGCUGCCAGGGUAAGGUGCAACUCCACUGAUGGGGACAUAGUAAGUGGCUGGCUCCAAUAAUCUUUCUCUUGUUAGACCAAGAUAGGAAGGAUCUGUAAGGAAUCCAGAGAUGCCAUUGGGCCCAUCUGACAAGUCUGCUGGUGGAAGCCAGGAUUCCUAGUAGUUGCCUCUAUUUUCUUGCUGUUACCAAGCAGAAAUGAAGAAACUGGGAGAGAAAACCUUUACAAUCUGUGGAACUGUUCCCGAGAUAGGGAAAAGCAGAGCCUAGUAUUUUCCACUCAGGAAUGUCAACCACUGAGCUGGUCUGAAACUGCUUUUCUUGAUAUUCAUCAAGCAGCCAAACUUUAGGAGUUAUGAAAGAACUAUAUACCUAUGUGUGCCUGCCUUCUGAGGGUCUAAGGCUAUCAGAGGUAGAUCCUCCAGAUAAUGGAACCAGGUGGAGUUCUGGACUCUCAAUAACACUAUAAGCAGAUAGAAAGAUCCUUGGUGCCGCAUUGAGGCCAAAUGGUAGGGCACUAACAUGGAAGUUCUCUUCUGAGCUAAUGCUGAAGAUCUCUGCAGAUUGGACUGAAAGUAAGCAUCCUUGAGAUAUAUAGAGGUAAGGAAAUUAUCCUUCCAGAUUGCUUGAGAUAUGGAUCUGAUUGACUCCAUCCCGAAGACUCUAACAUUCAGCCUCUUGUUGGCCCCUCUUAAGUCCAGUGAAGGCUUACAUGUGCUUUUCCUCUUAGCACCAGAAGAGAGGCGAAACUUGUCCCUGGAACUGCUCUUGUUCUGGGACCUAAAGUUUUUUGUUUUUUUUUCUCUUCGUCUAGAAGGCUUCUUCCUUCAGUGUUUUACCUUUUGAUUCAUUGGUCUUAAUACUCCUGUUGGUAUGGAGACUCCUGUGCCCGUUAAGAAAAAACUCCAGUCUAUAUCAAUCUGGACCAUGGAUACCACUCAAGCCUCCAGAGUAUGACAAGCCCAGGUAUGUGUGAUCAGAAAAAUGAGGCUCCUAGUACUGGAGGAGAUAUGUUUAUUGCUGAAGAGCAAAACGACUGCGUUAUAGCUCCCUUAGAACCUUGAAAGGCAGGUUUACCAACUGCCAUGAGUUACCUCUGGAGUAUUCCCUGCAGGGCCGGUAGCACAAUGUAUCUCAGAAAUACUGGUCACUGGAGGUUCUCCGGUCAGACUAUGAGGAGCUGGGAUCCUUGGAACUUCCAUCCUAAGGUACCAAUAUCUUGCAGCCCUCAUUCGCCUUUUCAAUGGAAUUAUCAGAAGUUUUCCCAAACAGCACCACCCCUUCAAAUAGAAUGGUGUAGAGGGCAGACUUGGAGGAUGAGACAUCAUCCCAGAAACAGAACCAUAAUGCUUUCUUAGUUGCUAUAGAUAAAGCCAUUUGAUCCAGAGAAUAUCCUAGUUACAUCUAGGGAAGUUUCUGUGAAGAAGUCCGUUGUAACCUGAAGACUUCAGACUGCCUCUUCAAUCUUGGCUUUUAAUAUCUCUCUCCAUAGUAGCCUUUAGAUCUUUAAUCACAUAUUUCAUGUUUGUAGAAACAGCAGUGGAAGUCACAGCUGGCUGGCCUCCUGCAAUGGUAGGCGUAAAAUUUUGGACAGGUCUGCGUCCACCUAUGAUCCAUAAGUGUGCAACUUAGGUGGUGUAGUUCUGGGGUUGGAAAUAACUUCCUCCACAGGGUAAAGCCUGGCCUCUUUUCUUACCCCUAAGGCCUCUGGAACUUACUUUGUAAGCCCUGCCCGCAUGUCAUGUGGCUGCACAGUGAUAGGUCAUGCUGAAGCGACAACCUUCUGGAGGAAGUCAGUGCAUAACCGAUUCCAUCCACUGUUUUCUCCUCAUAACCAGAUCCUGGUGAAGAAACAGACACCUGACAAAUAAUAAUAACUAAAUAUUACCUGUGGUAAAGUAUUAAGAAAAAAUGUGCACUGUUAAAUUAUAUAAGAAACCAGCGAAACAGCUUUAAAACAGGCUAAAGACAGCACUUAUCCAUGUCUGGAGACCCUGCAAAUACUUACCCAAUAAGUGUGGUAUGUUUACUGUAAUUUUCCCUUUAUUUUAGGCACUUUCUGGCAAUUGCCCUUAUCCAAGAUGGCUGCCACAACUUGUAUUCCCACAAUGCAAGUCAUCUGUAUUAGGCCCAAUAAGGCACAAACUGCACACAUGUGGGCCUAUUCUGAGUGUGUUUGCUGUUUAGAGACCAGGGAGAGGACUCUGUCUGAAGCCUACAUGGCCCCUAAACACCCAGGGAACCGGGAAUAAAUCACUGGGACCGAGGGGGAAGCAAAAUAGAUUAAAAAAGUGCCUGCAAGGAAGUUUAAAAGGCAACCAGGUGCAAAAAGGUCAAAGUUUAAAGGCACCACAGUCUAAAGGCCUCAAAGUAUAAAAAGGUAACAGUUUUCAAAUCUAACACAGUUUCCAAAAUAUAACACAGUUUUUAAAAUAUAUCAGUCUUCAAAUGCACUGCAGUUUUCCAAUGCACUGCGGUUUCCAAUGACUUGCGGUAUUACAUGCAACAGAAUUAAAUGCAAAUUUAAAUGAAACAGUUUUAAAUGCCACACAGCUUAAAUGCUUCCUAGCAAAAGCACAACCGCAUAAUGUACAACAAUCUUAAAAAUAAGGUACAGCUGUAUAAUGUACUAGUUUAACCCCUUAAGGACACAUGACAUGUGUGACAUGUCAUGAUUCCCUUUUAUUCCAGAAGUUUGGUCCUUAAGGGGUUAAAGAUAUCAAAGCUUAAAUGCAUCACAGCAUAAAAGCACAACUGCAUAAUGUACUACAGUAAAACAGCAAAUAAAGUAAUGAAGAUAAAACAACAUACACGUCCGUACGUAAAGGGAGCAAAUUGCUCACGUCCUAAGGGCUGUAGGACAGGAAAAAGACUGAGGACCUUAGGGAUGGAGCCUCCUUUUAAAACCUUGGUGGUUUUCCUGUCCUAUCGGCUGUAGGGGAGGAGCUAACCCAUGUGUAUAUGCUGCCAUGAUUAGCCAGGUAUAUAUAUAUAUAUAUAUAUAUAUAUAUAUAUAUAUAUAUAUAUAUAUAUAUAUAUAUAUAUAUAUAUAUAUAUAUAUAUAUAUAUAUAUAUAUUAGUAAAAUAUACCUAGACAGUGUGUUUGUAUGUAUAUGUGUAUAUAUACUCAGAACAUAUAUAAUGGCAGACCCCUGCUGGCAAUGCAGCAGCCAGCUAUCCCGGCCAUGUGAUUGUGAGGUCCUCCCUGGGAGUCCCCCCAACCACGAUCGCCGGUGACCGGGUAAGUAAAGAAAGACCGGAGGGCGUACUAUUACGCCCAGGGGCGUUGAGAGCCGUCUAAAAUAGGGCGUAAUAGUACGCCCUCCGGUCUUAAGGGGAUGAUGAUGAUAAUAAUAAAUAAAGAUUUAGCUCCCAGCCAGUCACACACAGUGAAUAAUAAUAAUAUUAUUAUUCACUGUGUGUGACUGGCUGGGAGCUAAAUCUUUAUUAUUAUACACUGUGUGCAACUGGCUGGGAGCUAAAUCUUUAUCAUUAUUAUAAUAUUAUUAUUAUUAUACACUGUGUGUGACUGGCUGGGAGCUAAAUCUUUAUUAUAUAUUAUUAUUAAGUGUUCUUGCAUAGCAAGACCACUUAAUGUUAUCUCACAUAUAUAAUAUUCUUAUUAUAGCCAAAUUUACCACCUUAACUCCUCCCACAGUUUUUACAUUACAUAGACAGUAAUAUACCAAAACGUGCGGAUUGUUCCCGAUUGGAUUGCUAUUACUUUGUGGAACGUUUCGCCGAAUGGUUCACGGAAUAUCGCCGUUCUUGUGGCGAAAUUGGUCCCAUAGGAAUGAGUGGCAGAAUGUUCAAAGCUAGAGUGGGAGCUGGCAAAAGCUGAAAAAUCAGGACAUGAUUUCUAAACUGCCACCACUCCCUCAUUUUCAAACCCACCUACACAAAUCUUAUAUCAAAACGUUCAGCUAUCCCUGCUGCCACGGCUAAGCCAUAGUCCUGAUAGUUUUCACAAUAUGACCAUUUGUUUGCAACUCACGCCGUCCAAUGACGUCCAAGAUUUGAAAGCUCUUCUCUGCCCUAUUUGGAAUCUAUUAGUUCCUGUUGGCAGUUGGUGGAAUGUUCGAGGGAUUUGAAAGAUUUGAAAGUUCUUCUCUGCCCUUGCUGUAGAGUGAGUGAACCACACUCCAACCUUUCCACAGUUACUCCGCCCACUCCAAAUGUAGACUACUGGUGGAGGCAAGAACACUUCACACAAUUUCCCAGAAAUUGUAGCUUUUCUAGUUGUUAUAAUAAUAAUAAUAAUAUCUAGUGGCUUUAUCCAUUUUAUAUACCGUGUGAACUGGCUGGGAGCUAAAUAUAUAUCUAACUGGGAGAUUUAUUGUUAAUAUAAUAGUCUAAUAUUCUGUACUGUUUGUAUCUAACUGGAUGAUGUAUUAUAUGUACUGUGUUUAUCUAACUGGAGAGUAUUAUUAUUAUUAUUAUUAUUACGUAUUUUGUUGCCUUAUCUUACUGUUUUUUAAAAUACUUACUUGGCACACACUAGGGAUCUAAUAUGAUUAUACCGCCCUGGCUCUAUACUCUGUAUGGAAUGGAUCCAGAUUGAUGGUUGGAGAGUGAAAUGGCUGGUCUUGUGGUUAUAUUCCGGUUGUUCCCUCUCUGUGGCCGUGUCCCAUGAUAUAAAUAAGAUAAUUGUGGUGGAAUAAGGAAAACUGAACAAACCUGAUAAGCACACUGCCUAGCUAGUAUAUAAAUAUCCACCCUAGCCAACUAGCACAAAACACAACGUCUGGGUAUACACACUGUGUGUGUGAGAUUAUAUACAUUCCCUGGUGGUAUACACACUGUGUGUGAUUAUAUACAUGAGGGGGAGGUGUAUGUAUGUGUGUGUGUAUAUGUAUGUAUAUAUGUGUGUGUGUGUGUGUGUGUGUGUGUGUGUAUAUGUAUAUGUGUGUGUGUGUGUAUGUAUGUAUAUGUAUGUGUAUAUAUAUAUAUAUAUAUAUAAAUAAAUUUGGCCUGUAGUUGUGGCUUGAAUUCUCUUUAAAAGGGCUGCCAAUCCACUCCCACCUUGCCGUUGCUGGUCUGGCAAGUCUGAAACGUUUUACUUCCGGUUCAGAUCGCCAUCUUGGAUUUUCUUACCUGUUUUCUUCGUGGUCUCCUGGUCCGGGCUUCCCUGGCUCUCCUUCCCAUCGCCGGCGUCCGCACAGCCCGUUCGUUACUUUGCCGCCGCAAAAAAAAGUAAGUAAGGCCUGCCGUAAAGCAACCGCCGCAAACUUCCUAGCUUUACACGGCGGAGCCCCGUUCGUUUGAACCAGCGUUCGGUUCUUUUCCUUUUCAUACAGUAUGCCGUUCGGCUAAAUUCCCUUAUCUACUCGCAUGUUUUCACAUUUCUUAAUCUAACGAACGCUAUCAUUUGGUUAUAUACAUAUAAAUUUUUUUUGUUCGGUAUUCAAAUUUCACUUAGGAUGUAUCUAUUCGUAUGUUUCAACACUCUACCUAGUUCUUUCGGUGAUUACAACAAACUCACGGAUAAGCACGAAUUCAGCCAGUACUCCAGGGGAUUUUGCCCCUACUGGUUACAAACGUUAUUACAGUCACUUAUAAAAUUCUUCUAAAGUAAAUAUAAAAGUUUAGACCAGGAUGAUGUGUCCUGAUUUUCCUGACCUUUUCCCACAGGUUCAUACCAUGGGUUUGUACUAGGAAUUAUGAUUUCUGACACCUGUGUCAAUUGUAUUUAUUUCUAGGUUGGUUGGAAUUUAAUUAUGAUUCAAAUUUUGAAGGCCAAUGAUAAAUAUUAAAUUAGUUAAGUGUGUAAUUUACUCUUUUUAGGUUAUUAUACGUUGGACGGUAGCUUUUACAAGCACGGAACCCGUCAUCUUCUUUUCGUUUAAAUCUACUGUAGCAGAGAGGCAGUAUAAUCCACGAUAUCUCCGCUGGGUAACAGGAACAACAAAGGAUAAUUCAGGGAAUCAGCAUACAAUAAUCCAAACAGCACUGCAGUAACCCUUCCUUCCCAAGAACUAGACGACACAUAGCCUGGGAGUCAACUGAGGUCUUUUAAUUUAGCUCCACAAUUUAUACAAGUCCCCAUGCAAGGGGUUUCCUGAGUCCCCUCCCAGGGGCAUUCCCUGAGGGGACUACAAUACAGGACAUUUCUCCCAGCAGGCACUGCUGCACGAGAGGGAUCCUCCCACUGGAAUAUACCGUUAAGUGGAUUAUCCCUCCGUGCAGCAGAACUCACAAUUCAUAUUAAAUUCAAUAACUCCACGAAUAUCUGGGUUAUUUAAACGAAUGGACGUUCGGUAGAUAGCCGGGGUCUGAGCGCAUCAUUCGUGAGAUUACCGCUCAGAUCCCAGCUAAAACAACCGAACGCCGCACGAAAAACACAUUCAUUAACACAUAGCCUGAAAACAAAGAUUACAGAUAAGGGAAUAAAAUACCGAACGGUCUGGAGGUUCAGCGGUGUUCGCGCCGUCGAGUAGCCGUUUUUAGUUCCACGCGCUCGACGACCAAACACCGCUGAGGGAACAAAGGAUCCAAGAUGGCCGCCGGCCGCAUGGUCGGUAGUCGAACGACGGCCACCCAGGAGAGCCUCUAAUUACCGAUUGCAACAUUGUUGCAAUGGGUUAAUAGGUGCCACACGCCUCUAAGUGUGUGGGCUAUUAAAUGAUAUGUUCGGUUCCCGAACGGCCCACAAAGGUGCCGUUCGUGAAACGAAAGGAAUCAGCUAUCUGCGUUCAGCAGAUAGCCCAGGCAGGCAAUACAUCAGGAACAGUGCAUUACAUUACACGCUAUAACAUACUUAUUAUUAUUUUAUUAUUUAUAUAGCGCCAACAAAUUCCGUAGCGAUGUACAAUGGGUGGACUAACAGACACAUAAUUGAGAUCAGACCACUGACGUACAGGAACAGAGGGGGUUGAGGGCCCUGCUCGAUGAGCUUACAUGCUAGAGGGAGUGGGGUAUAGUGACACAAAGGGUUAAAGUAGGGGAAUUAAAUAGUUUGUUAGAGAAGGGUUUAUUGAAUGCUUGGUAGGUCAUUUUUGACAGGUGAAGGAACGGAGUCAUUGGGUGGGGGAUGAGAAACCUGCUGACAGUUUAAUUGAUACGCUUUAAUAAAGAAGUGAGUUUUCAAAGAUUUUUUGAAGGAAUGGAGGCUGGGUGAAAGUCUGGUUGAGGAGGGAAGGGAGUUCCACAGAAUAGGUGCAGCCCUGGAGAAGUCUUGAAGGCGAGCAUCAGAGGUGGGGAUCCGGGCAGAGGAUAGGAGUAGAUGUUGGGCUGAGCGCAGGGGUCUCGUCGGGACAUACUUGUGUAUGAGGGAGGAUAGGUAUGUUGGAGCAGCAUUAUGUAGGGAUUUGUAAGCAAGCGCCAGAAUUUUGAAUUGGGCCCUAUAUCUAACUGGAAGCCAAUGCAGGGACUGACAGAGCGUGGAGGCGUGGGAGGUGCGACCGGACAGGAAAAUAAGCCUCGCAGCCGUAUUCAUUAUAGAUUGCAGCGGUGCAAGCUGGGAACAUGUAAGACCGGUGAGAAGGGGAUUGCAAUAGUCAAGGCGAGAGAGGACAACAGCAUGAACCAGCAUACAAUAGGAACCCCAUACCGGCAACCCUUAGAGAAACAGUACAAAAUAAUGUCCAAGUGGCUAGGUUUGCCACAUCUACCCUCUGCAGAGUGUUGGGUAGGUUCUGGUUCUUAGGGCCCACGAUCUGGCUAAAACUACUACCUUACAUUCAGACUUUUAAAUAUCAAAUCUCAUGUCCACAGGUCAACAUCUUGAUACUAUUACAGUUGCUGUUUACCUCUACAUUGACAGCUCGGCCUGACUCGCAUAUCAGGUACUACGCCAGAACCCAUUACUUUCUAUGUUCAGAGUGGUACUGGUCCUAGGUUACGUGACCCAAUUAGGUAUAAAAAAUUUCUGUUCUUAAUCCAUACGCUAGUGGUCCCGCAAGGCCAACAUCCCCAUACUCGGAGGUACUACGUCCCUCGGGCCAAAUCAUAGCUAGCCGCCUCGCACUGUUGCAAAGAGAGGGCCUCACCUGUCACUCCCAUUCUUUCUUAUGCUUUGACACCAAGAGGCCAACACCCCGCCACAACUUUCGAUGGCCUCAAAAAAGCAUAAUUGUUUCACCCCUUGGUAUUUAGCUAGCCACACCAGUACCCACCCAAAUUCAUAACAUAUGACUGAUUAAGCAACUUUUAUAUUUAUUAGUUAUGUCACAAACUCCUGAUAUCCCUGAGGAACUUUCACUACCCAGCACACCCGCUAGGCCUGGUACCCCUGUUCCUGGUACAGAUGUGAAUAGCCCUUCGUCCCUUAAAUCAUGGACCAUCCCACGUCUCACAGCUGAACUCAGAAGACACUGCAUCCCUUUCCCAGCUACUGCUAGGAAGGCGGAGUUGUUUAGAUUACUGAACACUACCACCGACAACUCCGAGGCAGGGGAAGGCCCUAGUGGGACUCAAUUACCAGCUUUUCAAGCCAUGAUGGCAUCUAAUGGCAUCUAUUAGUACAAUAAGUGACAACAGGCUGGAUAAAUUGGAGGCUGGUGGUGCUAAUCAGUCCACUACCAAUACUACGGUCACCAGUCAUCUUCUCUCUAAUACUAUGCCCGGUAAUUCCUUUGAAUCUAUGGCGGUUAUAGAAUCAGUUAAUCCCUCGCAUAUGGUCCCAUCUCACCUUAAAAAGGACAUUCUGGAAGGCAAGGACGUUAACCUGGUCUCAUUGCUCAUUGCCUCCCAGGAUGUCCUAGAGAACAGGACCUUUGCAUUAUGGGAUAUUUCAGUUGUACUAAGGGCUAGAGACCCCCGGCUAAAUAAGAAUUUGUCCAUCCCUGAUUUCGUGCUGGGGUUUGGGAUUUAUAGAGAUGUCUACUGCUCAGUUUACCCUGAGAAAAGAGCAGAGUUGGAUGCAUACAUGCACAAGAUGGUGUAUCUGGGGCACAAAUACGGUGGUACCGCUUUUUACGAUUACCACCGUUCCUUCUCUGCAAAGGUGGCUGCGGCUCUGGCUCAGUUCAAUUUACGCAUAAAUUGGAACAAAUUGGACACGGAGCUAUUCUGCAGGCACUUUGCAGGCCUCAGACCCCCAGCUUGUGCAGUGUGUGCAUCGGUUUUUAAAAGGAACACCCAGUGCAUUUCCUUUUUGUCCCAGUAAUUUUUUGAGGUCACCUCCCCUCCAGGGUAAUUUACAUCUUUGGAUCCCAGUACAUUUUAAAAAAUUUAGGGUCUUUGUUGUGUUGAAUAAAAUGCUUUGAAACAGUGAUUAAGGUAGCCUAUAAGUAUAUUUCUACAAUGUUCUGCUAACCUUAUUUUUAAGCAUCGUGUGGUCAUACCCACAUACUGGAGGCCACAUGGGCACUCCAAUAGGUAUACAUUAUUAGUAGUGCAACAUAUUAAAUCUUUGCUAGGGUAUGUAAUACCCGUUUUGUUUGAGGUGAAUUUUGUUGUUUUUGAUAUGCUGUUUUGGUCAGUGGAUCUGCAGACAAUGCAUCUGUUGCAUUUGAAAAAACCUUUAGAUUUUGAUCAAAAUGAUGGAUUGCUUGUAGUGGCUUUUUUUUGUAUAAUUUUUAGUAUGCAUUGUCUUUAGGUUUGGGGCCCCUCUAAAAAUGAUAUGGGGUUUAUCUGGGAUGAGUGUCUUUAAAAUGUUGUCUUGUUUUAAAAUGUGCCAGUGUGUUGUGUUUUUUUUUUUUUUACAAUUUUAUUCUUAUUGUUUAAAGAUGAUCGGCAUGGAGGGAAGCUAUACCUGUUAAAAUCCUUUAACCUUUCUUUGUAAAUUUAAUCCAUGAGCCAGUUUAGUAGUCUGUGGCAGACCACCUGGCCCCCUCGACUGGGUACCUCCACCAAUCGCUGCUUCCUAGUAUCACAGAGUACCAUAAACACCGGACACCAUAAGCACCGAAGCCGCUGCAGCUUGGCUGGGGUCUUGUAGUCCCUUCCCACCCUGGACCAACACCUGGAUCCAGCUCCGAGUAGGAAGACCUCUCCUCCAAUAGUGUAUAGCCCUUUAAAAUAGUUGGUUAUCUAGCAAUCCAAAGAGCAGGGAUAUAGCUGGUAAAGUCUUCUUCCACACACAAGAGACGAGACUCAAUGCUGGGGAUGAACUGGUUUAUUGGGUGCCACACACAGCCUUUUAUGCAGCUCCACAUGCAAAGGGUUUCCUCAAUUACAUUCCAGGGGCAUUCCUAGCUGGACCUGAGAGGAGACUGCUGCAAAGUACACAUCUAAAUUAAAUUAUCUCACAGUACAGAAAACAUGCAAUACAGGUGAUACUCGAAAAAUUAGAAUAUCAUGCAAAAGUUCAUUUAUUUCAGUAAUGCAAUGUAAAAGGGGAAACUAAUAUAUGAGAUAGACGCAUUACAUGCAAAGCAAGAUAGUUCAAGCCGUGAUUUGUCAUAAGUGCGAUGAUUAUGGCUUACAACUCAUGAAAACCCCAACAGAGUCGUUUAACCCCUUAAGGACCAAACUUCUGGCAUAAAAGGGAAUCAUGACAUGUCACACAUGGCAUGUGUCCUUAAGGGGUUAAAGUGCGUUAGACAUGGUAUAAUGCAGAGGCCAUAGUCCUGAAGCAGGAGGCUGACAAGUAGGCUCCUUCAGGAGCCCGUGGCAAAGUUCUGUUUACCACAUAGCCCUUUUCUGAACUCUCUCUAAAGUAUCAAUAUCCUUCUGGAGAUAUGAUCUCCAGUACUGCGUACAAUACUCCAAGUGAGGUCUCACCAGUGUUCUGUACAAUGGAAUGAGCACUUCCCUCUUUCUACUGCCAAUACCUCUCCCUAUUACAACCAAGCAUUCUGCUAGCAUUGCUAUAUUACACUGUCUGCCUACCUUUUUGAAGUCAUCUGGAAUAAUUUGGGAUUAUUCUGACCUUAGUGAUCUAAUAAUCUAAAUUUUAUUAAAGACAAGAGGCGAAUAUUUGCUUUCCUUUCUUUACUGUAACUCCCAGCAGCAAAGAAACAGUUAACAGUAAGUAAAAAAAAAUGUAACCAGAGUGUAUAAUAGAGUAUGUCCAGUCAUCAGGCUCCUCCCAACUCCUCUUUCUUGAUACAGUCGUAGAGUCAACCAUGUACGUGUAAACAGUAGAACAGUGAGUAGUAAUAAAUUGGAGCAAAAUAGAGGUGUUGCUAGCAUGGUGGGCGCGUAUUACUAAGGGUGGGAAAAUAUUCACCUCCUGUCUUUAAUAAAAUUUAGAUUAUUCGGUCACUAAGGUUAGAGUAAUCCAGAAUUUUAUGGCAAGACAGGAGGUUUCAUAUUUGCUGUUUUUAAAGCGAGUAUAAGAUGGAACUAGACACAUGAAAAGAUUGUCUGAAAUAAAAGGUUCUGAAGGUGGAUUCUCUGGACCAAUCUGCGGAGGCUAGAAUCUCCGGCAGAGAGCCCCCAGACGUAAAUGCAGAAGAGACUGCCGCACCUCUAACGGAAUGAGCACCAAAACAUGGGUCGAUGCCGGCUAGGGCCAGUAGCCACUCGAUCCAACGAGCAAUCGUGGGACAUGACACUGGCUUGUGAGGGCGUACGUAAGACACCAGUAGGGUGCCCAUUUGUGUUCUUAGGGCAUUAGUGCGAAAGAUGUAGUGUCGGACGCAACUAGCUACACAAAGCGUGGGUUUAUCAUGGAAGUAAAAGUAGAUGAAUUCCUUCGUCAGAUCCGAUGGCAUCUUUGAUCGGGAGCCGCCUAUGCGGUUCACGUACUGUACUACUGAGACAUUGUCCAUCCUCAGGAUAAGGCUGCAGUUGUAGGCUUCUUUGGCAAAACUGCGGAUCGCGAAAGAACCAGCAAUUAGUUUGAGGCAAUUGAUGUGUAGUGCCCAUUCUGAUGGGGGCCUUAGGCCUCCGGUAGAACGUUCCUAGCGGGUGGCACCCCAUCUGAGGAGACUGGCAUCUGAUUCCAGAAUGAAAUCGGGUUGCCGGCCGAAGAUAUCCCUUCCAUUUCAGGCUUUCAUAUGUUGAAGCCACCAGUGGAGUUCCAAUUGGACUUUGUCUGUGAGAAGAAUCUGUUGGUCAUAAGAUGUCUAUCGAUUUUAGAGGUGAGCGAACCCAAACUGUAAAGUUCGGGUUCGUACCGAACAUUAGUUUUUGUACCCCAGACCCUAACACGGACAUAUCAGUGUAUGUUCGGGUUGGAGUUUGGUGAUUUAAUGGCGCGUUUUUGAAAGCGUUUGACUUGUAUGCCCUUAGAAGCCAUGCCUACUAAUGGCAUGGCUGUGAUUGGCCAGUGCAGCAUGUGAUCCAACCUCUAUAUAUAAGCUGGAGUCACGUAGCAUCGCACGUCACAUGAGCUCUUAUUAGUGUAGGGAGAGGAUGCUGCAGCUGUUAGGGACAGAUUAGGAAAGAAUUCUGGUGUUGAAUCUGCAAACUACAGCGAUUUUAUUUUUGUGGGUGCUGAAGUACAUUUUUUGUGCCCUGAGCCCAGUGCCACAGAGCGUGCAGUGCACUUGCAACUGCAUGUGUGCCAGGCACAUUACUUUAAUCCUGUUCUGGUAGCUCAGUGGGCAACAUCUAGGCAUUUUUAAAUACUGCAAUUUUUUUGGGUGCUAAAUAGUACAUUUGCGUACUGCUUUUCUUGCAGUCCAAUAAAACCCUUACAUACUACUGUUACAUUGUUGGUUUAAAAAAAUCUAACUUUUUGGUGCUUAAAGGACCACUCUAGGCACCCAGACCACUUCAGCUUAAUGAACUGGUCUGGGUGCCAGGUCCAGCUAGGGUUAACCCAUUUUUUCAUAAACAUAGCAGUUUCAGAGAAACUGCUAUGUUUAUGAAUGGGUUAAGCCUUCCCCUAUUUCCUCUAGUGGCUGUCUCAUUGACAGCCACUAGAGGCGCUUGCGUGCUUCUCACUGUGAUUUUCACAGUGAGAGCACGCCAGCGUCCAUAGGAAAGCAUUAUGAAUGCUUUCCUAUGUGACCGGCUGAAUGCGCGCGCAGCUCUUGCCGCGCGUGCGCAUUCAGCCGGCGGGGAGGAGAGAAGGAGGAUCGGAGGAGGAGAGCUCUCCGCCCAGCGCUGGAAAAAGGUAAGUUUUAACACCUUUCCCCUUUCCAGAGCCGGGCGGGAGGGGGACCCUGAGGAUGGGGGCACCCUCAGGGCACUAUAGUGCCAGGAAAACGAGUAUGUUUUCCUGGCACUAUAGUGGUCCUUUAAUAGUACAUUUGCGGCCUUCGGUGCAUUUCAUAUCUGAAAGUCAAAUACUGUGGUUACAUCGCAGUUUGACUAAUUCACAUUUCUUGGGUGCUAAAAAGUACACUUGGGGCCUGUACUUCAUAUCUGAGAGUCAAAUAGAACUGUCAAAUACUGUGGUUACAUCGCACUUUCAAAAAUUCUAAUUUCUUUGGUGCUAAAUAGUACAUUUGCGGCCUGCGGUGCAUUUCUUGCAGUCCAUUUUUUUAAAAAAAUUUUUUUGACUUUUGGCGGUUACAUUGUCGCCUAACAUAAACCAUCUUUUAGUUUGGUGGGUGAACGCAAAGAAUGAGGACAGCGUCAAAUAAGGGACUGGUACUGUUGCAAGGAGAGGACAUGGUCGAUCUGUGCUACCUACACGCACAAGUGAAACACCUUCCUCAUGUGCGAGUACGCGAUAGAACCUUCAGCGUUAUUUGGUAGGCCCGAAUACCGCUCUACGAAUGGUGAGGCCAGAACAAGUACAGGCGAUAGUAGAUUGGAUGGUUGACAGUGCCUCCAGUUCCUUCACAUUGAGCUUUCAGCAGGGGAUCGGUUGGGAGACAGAGUUGGCACCUGCAGCUCAUGGCCAUCUGUCUUUCACCUCACCCCCUUGCAAAUCAGCUAAGCAGUCUGAGCCACAAGUCAGCAGUCUCUUAUGCUUUUUGAUGACUCUGCUGGCGGGGUUUCCGUGGGCCAUCCACCAAGCCCUGCCCCAGAAGUGGAAGGGAUUGAGUGCACUGAUGCACAACCACUUAUGUGUCAGAAUGUGGACAUGUGAGGACCACUGCAGCACAUCUCUGAUGACGAAACACAGGUGCGUACUGCUGUGGCUUUCUGCAGUGUGCAGACCGGCAAGGAGGGUGGAAGAUGAUGAGGUCCUAGACUCCACAUGGAAUCAAGGUCAUGCGAGUGACGUGUGCAGUUUGGAGGAAGAGGCGGUGGUCGCACAGAGGCACCAGUACAGCAAAAGCGGAGCGGCCGUCCCCUAGACCGUACGCCUGCUACUGCCCACCGCACCUAGGGACAGAGCACACCAAAGCCAGCUCCAAGGAGUUCCCUGGCGUGGCAGUUCUUCAGACAAUGUGCUGACGACAAGACACUAGUGGUUUGCUUGCUGUGCAAUCAGAGCCUGAAGCGAGGCAUAAACCUGAGCACAACCUGCAUGACCAGGCAUCUACAUGGAAAGCACGAGCUGCAGUGGAGUAAGCACCUCAAAAAACAAGAAAGGUCUCAGGCUCCUCCUGCUUCCUCUUCUGCUGCUGUCUCGGCCUCUUCCUCCACAUCUGGAGUCACAGUGGCACCUGCCACCCUGCAAACAGAGGAUGUGGCAGCAACGCCGCCGCCACCAUCCCCAAGCCUCUCCACACUGUCCCAUGGAAGUGUUCAGCUGUCCAUCUCCCAAACACUGGAGAGAAAGAGGAAGUGCCACCCGCGAUCCCUGGCCCUGAAUGCCAGCAUUUCAAAAUUUGUUCCCUUGGAAAUGCUGUCAUUCCAUCUGGUGGCGACACAGUUUUAAAAACCCGAUGGCGUACGUGGUUCCCAGCCGCCACUACUUUUCCAGGGGAGCCAUUCGUUCCCUGCACAACCAAUUGGCGGACAAAAUCAGGUGUGCACUGUGCAACGCCAUCUGUGGCAAGGUACGUGGACCAGUAAGAUACGUGGACCAGUAAGCACGGGCAGGGACGCUAUAUUUCCCUAACUGCACACUGGGCAAAUGUAGUGGCGGUUGGGCCUGAGGCAGAUAGCAGUUUUUCGCAUGUCCUUCCGCCACCGAGGAUUGCAGAGCAUUUGCCUCCUGUUGCCUCUAACUCCGCUUCCUCCUCCUCAUCUGGUCAGCGUUACACCUUCACCACCAACUUCAGCACAGCAAGGGGGAAACGACAGCAGGCUGUUUUAAAACUCAUAUGUUUGGGGGGAAAUCCCCAGACCGCGCAGGAGCUGUGAACGGGCAUGGAACAACAGACCGAUGAGGGGUUGUUACUACUGAGCCUCAAGCGCAGCCUGGUGGUGUGCGAUAAUGGGCAAAGUCUCGUAGCAGCUCUGUGCCUAGCCGGUUUGACGCACAUCCCUUGCCUGGCGCAUGUGCUGACUUUGGUGCAGAAAUUCCUGAAAAACUACCCAGAAAUAUCAGAGCUGCUGCAGAAAGUGCGGGCCGUCUGUGCGCGCUUUUUGCGUUCUCACCCUGCUGCUGCUCGCCUGUCUGCGCUGCAGCGUAACUUCGGCCUUCCUGCUUACCGCCUCAUGUGCGACGUGCCCACAAGGUGGAACUACACCUUGCACAUGCUGGAGAGACUGUGCGAGCAGCAGCAGGUGAUAGUGGAGUUUCAGCUGCAGCACGCAGGGUCAGUCGCUCUGCGGAACAGCACCACUUCACCAAUGAGUGGGCCUCCAAUGCGAGACCUGUGUGACAUUUUGCAAUGUUUCGAGUACUCCACCAACAUGUCCAGUGCCGAUGACGCCGUUGUCAUUCUUACUAUCCCGCUUCUAUGUCUCCUUUGAAAAAAACGCUUUGGGCGAUGAUGGAAGAGGAUGUGGCACAGGAGAAAGAGGGCUCAUUUCCACUGUUAUCAGGCCAGUCAUUAACAAGUGGCUUGGAGGGUGGGUUCCUGCACCAGCAUAGGACAGUUACACAAUUGUCCAGCCAGGGCACAGUUCUUGAGGAGGAGGAACAGUGUUCACAGCAGGGUGGCAACCAACGCAGUUCGUGGGCAUCACUGGAGCGUGGCUGGGAGGAUACGAAGGACACAGACGAUACACCACCCACAGAGGACAGCUUGUCCUUGCCUCUGGGCAGCCUGGCACACAUGAGCGACUACAUGCUGCAGUGCCUGCGCAACGACUGCUAAGUUGCACACAUUCUAACUUGCUGAUUACUGGGUGGCCACCCUGCUGGAUCCCAGUUACAAGGACAACGUGCCGUCCUUAAUUCCCUCGCUGGAGCAUGAUCGGAAGAUGCGCGACUACUAGCGUACGCUGGUAGAUGCGUUGCUGAGGGCAUUCCCAACUGACACGGGGGGCUCAGUGGAAGCACAAGGCGAAGGCAGAGGAGGAGGAAGAGGUCGCCGACGCAGCUGGGGCACCGCCAGCACCUCAGAAGGCAGGGUUAGCAUUGCCGAAAUUUGUAAAAGCUUCGUCAGCACGCCACAACAACCAGCACCACCAUCUGUUAUGGAACGUCUUAGCAGGAGGCAACAUUUCAGCAACAUGACGGAACAGUACGUGUGCACACACCUACACGUACUGACUGAUGGGUCUGCCCCAUUCAACUUCUGGGUUUCCAAAUUGGGAACAUGGCCUGAGCUUGCCCUUUAUGCCUUGGAGGUGCUGGCCUGCCCUGCAGCCAGUAUAUUGUCUGAACGUGUGUUUUAGCAUGGCAGGGGGCAUUAUCACAGACAAGCUCAGCCGCCUGUCCACAGCCAACGUGGACAAGCUCACAUUUAUUAAAAUGAACCAGGCAUGGAUCCCACCAGACUUGUCUGUACCUUGUGCCGAAUAGACAUUUAUACCGGCCUCACCCAGCCAUUGUUAUACCCAAGUGCACUUAUUCUUUGUUUUCUUUUUUUAUAUGUCCCAAUAUUUUGGGGGAUCCCCCGAUUUAAAAAACAGUGUUGGCUACCUCCUCCUCCACCGCCGCUUCCACCUACACCGCCACGGUCACCGCCUCCUACUCCACAUCCACCUCCUCCUCCUAGUUUAAGACUAUUAUUUUUAUGUUAUUUCAAGUUAUUUCCCAGGCACUUGUCCUACUCUUACCUCCAUUUUACUUCCUUUUGCAGCUCUCUAGCCUUUUCCAGGACUUUUUUAGAGCCAUUUUAGUGCCCAAAAGUUCGGGUCCCCUUUGACUUCAAUGGGGUUCGGGUCAAGUUCGAGGCCGAACUCGAACUUUUUGACUAAGUUCGGACGAAUUUGGCAAACCCGAACAUCCAGGUGUCCACUCAACCCUAUUAGCGAUGUAAGUAGCAUGUUUUCAAACGUUGCAUUGCCCAAUAGUGUAGUGGGGCUGGAAAUAUUGCCUGGAUUGAGGCGGAGAGUAAUGCAAUUGUGCGUGGUAGAUCCCUGAAGCGGAGAUAUGGUGAGGCCAGAAAUCUCCGGAUGUCCUUUUUUUUUUUUUUAUGGUUUUGAUUUUCGUAGCAGGGAGUUGCAGGACUGCCUGAAUCGAAUCUAUCUGAAAUCCCAGAAACUGUACCGUGUGAGACGGAGUUAGAGAUGAUUUUUGGAGGUUGAUGACGAAACCCAAAUUCUGGGGGAGAGCCGAAGUCCUAUCUGUAAAGAGACGUAGAGUCUCUUCGUCUUGAGCCAUAAGGAGGAUAUAGUUCAAGUAUAUGAUGGCCUGAAUCCCUUGUGAACGGAGUAGUGCCAUCAUCGAUUUCAUUAGUUUGGUGAAACACCAAGGUGCGGAGUACAGUCCGAAGGCGAGACAGGUGAACUGCCAUAUUGUUUGGCGCCAAUUGAAUUGGAGGAAGGUGCGGUGUUCUGGCGUGAUUUGUUCUCCCGAUUCGACCUCAAAGGUGCAUACCUCACGGUACCAAUCUCACUCGUAGAGGAGGUCCCCGUAAUAGAUGGAUGCCUUCCAUCUUGAAGUGUCUGUAUUUGAUGUAUUUGUUCAGUUCUCUUAGAUUGAUGACUGGUCCCCGACGUUUUCUUGACUAGAAACAUGUUGCUCACGAACCCUCGAUGGCGCCCUUGGUGACGAGGUCGUAGAGUUUGACUUGAAGUGACGUGUCUUCUAUUUGAGACAUCAUGAGUGGGCUAGGCAAGGAUAUUUGAACUGGAUCCUCUGUAAAUUCUAGGUGGAAGCCAGACACGGUCUGACGGGACCACUGUUGGGAAAAAUUGAUUAAUCUGCCUGCUAUAGGUACAUGAGAAAAAUUAGUCCAUUACCUAUAGGAGUGAGACCGCGGAGGGAAGCGGAUCCACGAGAGUGGAAGAAGUGCUUGUGGUGGAAACGGGUAUUGCCGAUUUCCAGUGAUCUGAAGGUCGAGGCCUGUAGCCUGUGAAGGCAGCUCUGCCAGCCGUCCGGCCUCUGUAAUGGCUGGCUCUCCCAGGAAAAACACUGGGACCUAAAUACCUUGCGUAAGGAAGAUUGCGCUUUUGUAAGUGUAGUAAACAUUGCCACUUGUUUACUUAAUUCGUUAAUACAUUUUUCUCCAAAUAGCAUACCUUGUGCCUCAGGGCCAAGCUCUUUAGUGCCUAAUUCGGCAAGCUUUGAAUCGAUUUUGUAUAACGCGGCUUUCCGUCUUUCAGUUGACAUGGCAACAUUGGCGUUGCCUAGUUGCCAUAUAUGAGUCCAAAGUGCCACCUGCCAAAGCCUCUUCUGCGAUACUGAAUAUCUGGAUAAGUGGUCCCGCCAUAUCCAUCAUUUUAUUCUGGGUGGCCCUCUGGCCUUGUUCCAAACCCUUACGGGGAUCUUUUCCUGUCUUAUACAGGAAGGUGACGAGCAAGGGAUCGAAUUCUGAGGUAAAAGCCGCUUUGUCUGAGUUAAUAGGUCAUGGGCAUUCUGCUCUUAAUUUAGCUCUCACUUCUUUUUCUAAAGGUUUACGGAGCCACAUCCUGCAGAACUUAGCAAUGUGGUCGGGGGGCUCCACUCAGCAGUUUGUGGGUGUUUGAUAUACCUAGGGUCGAACAGGGGGCGACCAGAGGUAUCUGGUAAAAUAUCCUCAGAUAUGAGGUUAGAAUCAGAGGUUUGGUGUUCAUUUUGGUGGAGUUCAUGAGAGGGAAAGUCCUCGUCCGAAUACCCUGCACAGUGUUCGUCCACUACCUGAAGUUGGAAGUUGAACCCUCUAAUGGGUCAAAGUUAUAAUUGGGGGUAUCAUCCUGAGUACCCGAAAGGCAUAAUCUAGGUGUUGUUGCCGGUGCCUUGCCUUUGCCGGCGGUAGCACUAUUGCCCUUCCAAGGGUGUUUGCGGGGGCUUUCAUCGUGCUCUGAGCCUUUUGACUCCUCAGAGUCUGAGAGAUGAACAACAGGAGCCCUAGGGGCAGACUUUGAGUGGUCGUGGAAAGCUGCUAAAGUUUUGGGAAUGGAAUCUGCAAUGGCGUUAUACAGCCAAGCUUUAAGAUCAGCAGAGACUGCUGGUUCAGGCAAAUCAGACAUAUUUGAGAGAAAGUGGGGUCACCACAAGUGUGUGUGUGUGUGUGUGUGUGUGUGUAUUUGUGUUUUUUUUGUUGUUGUGUUUUUUAUAUAUAUAUAUCUAUCUCUCAAAAGGCAGUGGACUUGAUCAAAGAACACAAGGCGUAUAUAGAAGGUGCUUUCAAUCGCCAAUUAAGCGUGGGGGUCACCCACAGUUAACGCAGAAGGACAGUAUAACUGGUCCGAUUUAAUAAUAUGCAAUGAGAUGGUCACCCUAAGGAGACAGUAAGGGGGUCACCCUUUUAUAUGAGGCAGAUAAUUGAUCUAAUAUAGAGGGGGUCACCCUCUUAUGCAAGGAUUUAGUUGUAAUAUGCAAUAAAAAAAGAGUAACACUUUAAUGUUACUGACUACAUGUUUAGUUUGAUUUAAAUUGCUGUUAGAAAAAAACAUUGAUGGAACUUACCUGAAGUAACCAAUAGAGGCGCUGGAGAGCCGUUGGAGAUCACUAGCCGUCCAGACGUUCCGGAAUGGAGGAGCAAAAGUGCGAGAAAGAAGCCCGCCGAGGAAAUGGCUGCGGGAGAAAGGAGGUGUCGCUAGGUGACAGGUAGGGGCCGGGAUUGCUCGCGGUGAUACCGCCCGUGGUUGGAAGCCGGCCAGAAGCCGAUCAGAUCUCUGCUCUGGCCGCAGGAAGGGGUAGCAUGGAUAGUGCCUCUGAGUCAGGCAGAAGUUAGGAGUACAGGGUGUAGUGAAACACACAGAGGGCAUUGAAGUGGUUUUACUAAAACCUAUAUAAAAGACACACAGCCCUAGAGACGAUCAAUUUAAAGGGGAAAACAUAGAAACAUAGAAUGUGACGGCAGAUAAGAACCAUUUGGCCCAUCUAGUCUGCCCAAUUUUCUAAAUACUUUCAUUAGUCCCUAGCCUUAUCUUAUAGUUAGGAUAGCCUUAUGCCUAUCCUACGCAUGCUUAAACUCCUUUACUGUGUUAACCUCUACCACUUCAGCUGGAAGGCUAUUCCAUGCAUCCACUACCCUCUCAGUAAAGUAAUACUUCCUGAUAUUACUUUUAAACCUUUGUCCCUCUAAUUUAAGACUAUGUCCUCUUGUUGUGGUAGUUUUUCUUCUUUUAAAUAUAGUCUCCUCCUUUACUGUGUUGAUUCCCUUUAUAUAUUUAAAUGUUUCUAUCAUAUCCCCCCUGUCUCGUCUUUCCUCCAAGCUAUACAUGUUAAGAUCCUUUAACCUUUCCUGGUAAGUUUUAUCCCGCAAUCCAUGAACCAGUUUAGUAGCCCUUCUCUGAACCCUCUCUAAGGUAUCAAUAUCCUUCUGAAGAUACGGUCUCCAGUACUGUGUACAAUACUCCAAGUGAGGUCUCACCAGUGUUCUGUACAAUGGCAUGAGCACUUCCCUCUUUCUACUGCUAAUACCUCUCCCUAUACAACCAAGCAUUCUGCUAGCAUUUCCUGCUGCUCUAUUACAUUGUCUGCCUAUCUUUAAGUCAUCAGAAAUAAUCACCCCUAAAUCCCUUUCCUCAUAUGUUGAGGUUAGGACUCUAUCAAAUAUUCUGUACUCUGCCCUUGGGUUUUUACGUCCAAAAUGCAUUAUCUUGCACUUAUCCACAUUAAAUGUCAGUUGCCACAAUGCUGACCAUUUUUCUAGUUUACUUAAAUCAUUUGUCAUUUGGCUUAUCCCUCCUGGAACAUCAACCCUGUUACAUAUCUUAGUAUCAUCAGCAAAAAGACAUACCUUACUGUAACUCUCCAUAAAACCUGUACGUGGGGGGCGGUACUGGUACUCGUGUAUUUUAUUGCAGUCAAAGUAACAAUAUUAUGACAUGCACAGUUAAAAUGCCACGCAGAACUAAAUACAAUUUUGAAGUGUGAAAUUAAGAAAUUUAAUUUUUAUUCAUAUUAAAUUGUUUCAUAUUAAUUUCUCCUGAACAAAAUAUUUGAAACAAGUUGAAGUUGUUUUGUUAUAGUGUCCCGGUAAUUUCCAGCCAUUAUCAUGUUCAGUUUCAUUUCUGUCUACUUUUGUGACUUCUCCUUAAGCUUUGACAAUGACCUGGAGGAAUUCUAGGAAUCGCCACUUUUAUCAAAUGGUGCUGGGAUUGUGUGUUUAAUGUGUAAUGGUUCCUAAUUUUAGGGCAAGACAGGAGGCUUCAUAUUUGCUUUACAUUCUUUACUGAAACCUCCAGCAGCAAAGAAAUAGUUAACAAAACUUUUCAAAUAACCAAUCAGAACAAAAUAACAGCUGUAUGAAAUCCCUCAGUCAGACUCUCCUACGCCCUCUUUCGUUGCUGCUGCAUCCAGGUGAGCACUGUCCAACUCAGAGAGUGUGUCUGCUCUGGGUUCUUUUGUGUAUUUAUUGCAUUGUUACUGCUUAUUUUGUGUUUAUUUGGGCUGCCUGUCUUGUGUGUGCUCCCCUGACUUAUGUGGAGAUAUGGGUUCCUGGGGUGCUGCCUGGCCUUUGGGUUUCCCUGCCGGCCCCUCAUGCACCAAUUUAUUUCCCUUACAGGUUUUAGGCCACCUGGGCUCCAGGUGGAGGUAGGCCUCUGGCCUGUUAUGUGUUGGUGACCCCCCUUGUAUUACAAGGCACUGCCCUGUCUAACAUUACUGCCCUCUACUGGAUCCUGCUGUGGUGUCAGUACCGCUCUGACAACACUGCUGGACCUACAGUAUAGUCAUACUGAUGGUGACCCCCUAUAGCUGACUGCUCUGCAGCACCUGCAGUGUCCUGUUAUACUCCUACUGAGGGUGACUCCCUCCUGCUGACUGCACUGCUGGACCUACAGUGUCUUGUUAUAUUCAUAAUAUGGGUGACCCCUACUGCUGAUGGCACUACUGUACCUACAGUGUCCUGUUAUAUUCAUACUGAGGGUGACCUCCUCCCCUGCUGGCCUAUACUGCAUGGUAUGCUUGUGCUUGUUGGAUGACCCCCUCUUGCACGCUGGGUGAACCCCAGCUGGCCUCACCAGGUUCCACACUGACCGUGUUACCUCUAUGGCAGUGAUACAGUCAUGGGUGACAGAGCAGAUUUCUGUACCCAGAAGGUCUCCAGGCCUGCCUUAGUGGACUCAUUUCUUGAAACCCUCUUUGCCCUACAUGGUGACGCUCCACCAACCACCCUGGACCCUGCACUUCAGGUGCUCGGAGCUCCGAUACGGCGAUUCCCUCUGCUCUGUGGAUAUGAACUCCGCACGUAAGAGACAUUGGAAGGGCCAUGGCGCUCCCACCGACGAAGAGGGAGCUGCCUGACAAGUUAAAAAAGACGGCCAGCUUCAUGAAUAAGUCCUGAACAUGGAACAUGGAAUAAGACCUGGAACAUGGUUUGCGCUUUGCCCAGGACUAACCGCUGGAUGUCAGUGGCACGUUGACACAGAUGUUCCUCACGGUGGAUGACGCUCUACAAAGUGUAACACCGGUGGAUGCUAAAUCUUCUUCCAGAAUGUGCCAAAAGGUCCGUCUGUUUAUAAGGAAACACCAAUGUGCCCCUAUCCUUCGAACGCCGCGAAGCGGCCCCUUACAAGCUGGAAAGCAAGUUGGUGGAUUUAGCAUCCAAGGAACUGGGUCUUCUCUUUGGGUAUGCCUUCACAAAUGAGUUGAACCAACACUUUUUUUAUUUAGAGGUCUCGCAACUAGGCACAGAUGUCUCCAAGACCGUGCCCGGAUGCAGGAUCAAUUUUGUUGAAACCUCAGGCAUAGAUCACAGCUCCAUGGCUGAUACGCAUGACCACUCUCAAUUGGAUCUGCGGGAGGCCUACCUCACGAUCCCGAUCCAUCUGCUUCAGGACCUGGGAUUCGUCAUCAACGUGGAAAUAUCGGAAUGGACUCCCUCUUGGUCGGUCCAGUUUCUGGCUUUCGUGAAGAAUUCCGUUCAGGCGGUGCUCCAUCUUCCGAUGUCCAUGGUGACUGCCUUCAGGAAGGGUAUCAGACACAUGCUCCGCAACCCGCGGGUCACACUAAGGGACCUAGCCCAGACCAUAGGCCUGUUGUCAUCCUCCAUUGAAGCCAUCUUUCCAGGACCAUGCACUAUCGGACACUUUCAAGCCUGAAGGCUCACUAUCUCUGGUCUUCAGCCUUGUACGACCGAGUCAUUGGUGACUUUGACCUGGAACAGCAAGGAGAGUUUCAGACCCCAACCAGACUUUGUCCUGGAAUCCAACACCAGCUGUAUGGGCUGGGGCGCUACUUGCGAUGGCGUGGCGACAGGAGGACUCUGGACUGCUCCUCGCGUAAACUGUCUGGACCUAACUGCAGGUUUGUUUGCCAUUCGCAGCUUCCCAAGCGGAAGAAUCACUGCUCGCUGCUUCCCUGCACGGACAACGUCCCGGCUGUCCGCUCCAGACUGCUGUUGGAUCUCUAGCGAUACUGUUUGGACAAGAAUUUGUCACUUGUGGCAGAAUAUCUCCCGGGACGAGACAAUCAUGUAGCAGACUGGUUAUCCCGACACUGGAGAGACGCCAACAAUUGGCUACUUCACCCUCCGGUGUUUCGAGUACUGCACUUACUCCGAAGGCCCCCCUUCACUCAGUUCUGAUCACAUUCAGUGCGAACCGUCAAACAGUGGUUCUUCAGUUGGCUUCCGGACCCCCUCAGCGAGGUGGUGGAAGCGUUCUUCAAGACUGGCCUCCCUCCGAGACUUUUUUAUACAGGAUACUUUGGACAUUGCAUCGGACCAAACAGGCAGUGUCACUUUUCCUGGUCACACCACAUUGGAGGAGUCAACCGUGUUCUCUCUCUUGCUUGAGUUGUCGUGCGAAGACCCUCUACUACUCCCUGUCUCCAGGUGUCUCCUACGGGAUCCACAAGGGAAUCCACACCCAUUGAUAUUAGAGGAUCGCCUACCACUAGUGGCUUGGACCAUUUCCGGGGUCCUGGGAUGUGUCAGACCUAUUGACAACGGUUAGAGUCUUCUUACGGAACCUGGCACCUGAUGAUAAUACUUGCACGCCUGGCGAUCCUGACAUGGCUGGUGUCUGGAGAGAUGUUUGGAUCCCUUUAUGGCCCCCAUCAUGGCUGUUCUAACCUGCCUGGCUGAAUUGUUUUCUCAGGGUAAGGUCUUUAGGACCAUUUACGUCUUCAGGUCAGCUAGCUCGACAGCUCAUAUGCCUUCUCAAGAUUCUGGCAUUGGUAAGGACCCGUUGGUCUGCAAACUACUUCGAGGUGGACGCCUUUCGGGACCCCUAUCUCUUGCUAUUCCUCAGUUUAGGAUGUAUCGCUUGUUUUACGAUUCCUUGAGGAAUAGCCUGAUGAUGAGGAUUUGUCUUUGAGCCAACUUUCCUCUUAGCUGGCUCUCCUGUUAGGUCUUUUGUUUGUACUUUUGAUGUAGAAUCUUUUUUCCUUCUCACCAGAUAGUGUGUCUGUUUCUAUUUUGCACAGGACCAAAUUGAAGUCGUCUUCUGUGUCGUAUCUCAACUCUCCAGAUAGGCCACGUCUCUGUGUGGCACGUUGCCUAUGGACGUGUAUAUCCAAGACCUCGUCCUUUCGUCGUCCUGCUCAAAAGCAGCUGUUUAUUUCCUAUGUACGACCAUUUAGGGAUGUUUCUGCACAUUUGCUUGCUCGUUGGAUUCAAUGGCUUCUCUCAUUGGCUGGCGUGGCGAGUUCCUUUGGGGCACAUUUGGUUCCGGGCGCUGCAGCUUCAGCAGAUCUAGGAGCCGGUGGGUCCCAUCCGGAUAUUUCUCUACACCGCUGAUUUGGUCUAGGAAAUCGACUUUCCGUUCCUUUUUAUUUCCGUCCUCGGUCUCCUGUUUUUACAGUAAAUAUAAGGGGGUGCAGAGAAUAUAAAACAAUAAAUUCACUGUAUACUUGGUAUUGUGAGUGUGAAACCGCCUGAUCUUCCUGCAACAACAAUAUAAAAAACAUUCAUAGCAUAAUAUUGUUAUGACAAUAAAUUCAGAUCAAUUAUAGAGGUAAUGGGUCACUCACACUUUGCAGAGCCAACUUACUGUGGCUCUGCAAAGUGUGAGUGACCCAUUACCUCUAUAUUUAAUCUGAUUUUAUUGUCACAACAAUAUUAUGCUAUGAAUGUUUUUUUUGUUUUUUUUAUAUUGUUGCAGGAAUCUCAGGAGGUUUCACACUCCUAAUACUAAGUAUACAGUGAAUUUAUUAAGUGUUCUUGCAAAGCAAGACCAUUUAAUGUUAUCUCACAUAUAUAUUAUUAUUCUUAUUAUAGCCAAAUUUACCACCCUAACUCCUCCCAUAGUUUUUACACUACAUAGACCAUAAUAUACCGAAACGUGCGUAUUGUUCCCGAUCGGAUUGCUACUACUUUGUGGAAGGUUUCGCCGAAUGGUUCACAGAAUAUCGUUGUUCUUGUGACGAAGUUGGUCCCAUAGGAAUGAGCGGCAGAAUGUUCAAAACUAGAGUGGGAGCUGGCAAAAGCUGAAAAUCAGGACAUGAUUUCUAAACUGCCACCACUCCCUCAUUUUCAAGCCCACCUACACAAAUCUUAUAUCAAAACGUUCAGCUAUCCCUGCUGCCACUAAACAUGUCCACGGCUAAGCCAUAGUCCUGAUAGUUUUCACAAUAUAAUCAUUUGUUUGCAACUUACGCCGUCCAUUGACAUUCAUUGAAACUUCACUCUACAAAGCUCAAAUUUGAAGGGCAAUUUUCUAAACUGCGACUGUGUCUUCAUUGUUAAUAUCCCAGAGACAUACUAUGCAUCAAAAUGUAGGUCUGGGUCUUGUGAUUCUCACAAUAUAAAGCUCUUCGCUGUAGGAGUUAUAGUUUUUAAGAUACGACCGUUUGAAGAUGGCAACCGCCAAAAUACUCUGACCUGUGUCAAGCUGCAGCAGCAAGUGAUGUCAUAGACAGGGCCUUUUGAACACCUGCUAAUGUUUUUAUAAAUGUAUGGUUUAAUGUAACUGUGCAACAACAUUGCAAUUAAAUGUGCUAUGUAAAUGAUAACAGUUACUCCGCCCACUCCAGUUGUAGACUACAGGUGGAGGCAAGAACACUUCACACAAUUUCCCCAGAUAUUGUAGGUUUUGGAGUUGUUGUAUAUUCUCUGCACCCCCAUUAUAGUUACAAUUUCCACUUAACAUUGAGUGCCAUUUUAGUGAAUUUGGCCACUGGGGGUAGUGGCACACUUAUAUAAUAUAUUAAGCGCCAAUCCACCACUUUAUUAAAGACAAGAGGCGAAUAUUUCCCCCCCCUUUACCUUUCCCUCCAUGGAAUUAGUUUUUUUUUUCUUCUGUUUAAUUGGAGAUAUUGUUAUGUUUUGUGAAUGCAUGGUCUUGUAUAAUAACGAUUAUUUCUGUUAUACAAUGGUGAUUGUCCGUGUGCGUUUUAUUCAUCGUGUACCAUGAUGUGCACGUGAUAUUGUAUGGAUAUGACAUCUUGCUUUGCCAGUUUACUCUCACGAUGUCUUCUCUGGAUGUGCCUGGGUGGAUUCGUUGGUUUCCUUGCUCUCCUGCUCGACCUCAAAGAAAGAGGAAGUUUUGAGGGUCUGACGGAGGGAUUUUAUACUGCUGUUAUUUUGUUCUGAUUGGUUGUUUGAAAAAGUUCUGUUAACUAUUUCUCUGCUGCUGGAGGUUUCAGUAAAGAAGGUAAAGCAAAUAUUUGCCUCCUGUCUUUUUAAUAAAAUUUAGAUUAUUCCUUUACCGAGGCUAGAAUAAUCCCUAAUAGACAACCAUUUUUUAACCAUUUUUGAAAAAACUUUAAUAAAUCCAAAGAAAUUGCAGACCCGUUUCUCAACACGCUGAUCUCCUCAUGUGCCAGCCCUUUUUGUGUUGAGUUUUUAUUUAUUGAAAUUUUUUUUUCGUUAUAAAUGGUUGCACAUUGGAAUAUGUUAAUAAUUUGGAAUGCAAAUUCUUGAUGUAUAAUGUAUGUGUGAAAACGUGAUGUUUUGAUGUAAUUCUGUUAUUUUACUUGUUGUAACUUCCUCUUUAAGGUGCAAAUGCAUGUUUUAUAGGAAGUGGUCCUGUAUCAGUUCAUCUUUCCUGUGCGCUGUGAAAUGCCCCAUGUAAAACGGUUUUAAUGUUUGUAUUGACUGUAAAUUUACUCUCAAGAAAAUAAACGUGACUUUAAAGGGGCAUUAUUGUCACCAAAACAAUCUUUGCUUAACCCCAUCAGCACCGAGGACGGUUCAGGACAGUCAUCUGCAUUUUUCCAUUGCCGACCAGUGACGGUCCUGAACCGUCCUAACGGUCCAAUGUACUUACCCAAUCACAGUCUUGAAAGUUACAGGGUCAGAUAUUUUUACAUUGAAAAAUGCCAGGUUGGUUACGUUGCCUUUGAGAGCGUAUGGUAGCCCAGGAAUGAUGGCAUACCAUUUGCAAAAGAAGACAACCCAGCGUAUUGCAAAUGGGGUAUGUCCAGUCUUUUUUUAGUAGCCACUUAGUCACAAACACUGGCCAAAAUUAGCGUUCAAUUUAAAUUUUUACUUUUUUCACACACAAACAAAUAUGAAUGCUAACUUUGGCCAGUGUUUUCGACUAAGUGGCUACUAAAAAAGACUGGACAUACCCUGGGUUGUCUAAUUUAAAAAAUAUGUACAUGUGGGGUGUUAUUCAGAGAUUUAUGACAGAUAAGUGUUACAAUGUCACUAUUGAUAUAUUUAAAAAAAUUUAUGUUUUGAAACCGCAAUAUCCUACUUGUACCUAUAGCCCUAUAACUUGCAAAAAAGCAUGUAAACACUGGGUAUUUUUAAACUCAGGACAAAAUUUUGAAUCUAUUUAGCUUUUUUUUCAUUCGCAUUUUUAGAUGAGUAAAAGAUUUUUCAAGUAAAAGUCAAAAAACAUGUAUUUUUUUUCAAUUUUUCAUAUUUUAUUUUUUUUAAAUUAAAAUACAUGAGAUUAUAUAAAUAAUGGUAUGUAAAGAAAGCCCCUUUUGUCCUGAAAAAAAAAAUAUAUAAUUUGUAUGGGAACAGUAAAUGAGAGCGUGGAAAAUUACAGCUAAACACAAACACCACAAAAGUGUAAAAUUAUUCCUGGUCGCAAAUGUACAACAUCGCAAAAACAGUCCAGUCCUUAAGGGGUUAAUGAUGUUUUGGUGUAUAGAACAUGCUCCUGCAGUCUCACUGCUCAAUUCUCUGCCAUUUAGGAGUUAAAUCACUUUGUUUAUACAGCCCUAGUCACACCUCCCCCUGCAUGUGUUCAGCCUUCCAUACACUUCCUGUAAAGAGUCGUCUAAUGCUUGCAAAUUUUGUUUAAAACUUAAUGAAGCAGUAUGUAGUUUGUUAGAAAUGGUUUGACAACUUACUAUGGUUAGUCAGCUGCUGGCUUUGCACUACAGGGAGUAGCAGCUAGUUACACUCAGCCACCACUGUGCCAGCUGCUCUCUUGAGACCCCAGGUAAGUUGUCAAGCUGCUUACUGGGAGGAUGUUGGGGGACAUAACCACUACAGUGCACUGUUUGUUAAAUAAACGCUCUAAGAUGAGAAAUAAUGAACGUGCCCCCCCCAAAAAGCCAUCUAUUAUAUUCUUACUCACCGUGAUUACUAUGCCAGUGGCCAUGAUCUUGCCUUAUGGAUUGCUAUAUAAUCAUUUUAUUGGAAUUACAUUGAUAAACUUACACUUUUACAUUUCCUUUAGCGUCAUGGUAUGAAAUUCUGACAUUAACAGUAGAAUGUGGAACUGCACUCAAUCCCAAAUGAAAUGUAUCUGGGUGCAACCAGUCCCAGUACCAGGAACCAAAUACUUGAUGAAGAAAAAAAUAGAAGAGAAGUCCAGGCACUCCAGGAUACAAAAAGGCAAAUUUAUUGAACCCACCGCCACUCACAACGUUUCGACCUACAGCUCGACAAAGACCGUGUAGGUCGAAACGUUGUGAGUGGCAGUGGGUUCGAUAAAUUUGCCUUUUUGUAUCCUGGAGUGCCUGGACUGCUCUAUUUUUUUUCUUCAUUAAUAGUAGAAUGAACAUAACAUAAAGGUACACUUGCAAACAUGUAUUCCUAGUGUUUUACUAUCUAGUUAGUUCUGAAAUAAGGUGAUUUAAUCACCUCCUCCCCUGACUGCAAUAAUCAAUACUGAUCAAAUCCAAAACAUUGGGAUGGUAGUGUUCAUGCGCAAUCCGCAACGCCUCAUAGAGAUGCAUAGACACAACGUAUUAAUAAACGGGGAGUCCUCCUUGUGCCAUGGCAUCAGGUGGGAGGGGACUGUGGCGGAUCGCCUGGUAUGCCGACUGGGUACCUCCGCAAGUCACACUUCCUAAUUAUCCCUGAGAUACUAUAAGCACUCCACCAGACACCAUAAGCACUGUAGCCCUCUUUAGCCGCCGCAGGUUGGCUGGGUUCUUGCCGUCUCUUCCCACCCUGGACCAACACAUGGAUCCAGCACCCAGUGGGUAAACCUCUCCUCCAAGAGAGUAACGCAGUAUAGCAAUCCCCACCCAUCACAUUAGCCGAGGCUUAAUACUGGGAGUAGCACUCACGAUUUAUUCACACAUACACAGGCAAGCACUCACAAUUUAUUCACACAUUUAACAGCCUUAUUUACAUACAAUAGGGUACAUAGAGCACUAUAGUACACAGAAGGGUGGGGUCAGACAAUAGCAAGGGCUGAUAAGAGAUUGAGGAGGGACAAAGAAGCCAGUUUAAACUGGUCUGGCAGUGUCUCUGGGACAGCACCAUGCUGGGGAAACAAUAGGACAGGAAAAAGGUGGAGGGGAAGAGGCACAGACAAGCAAUACAUUCAACAUACUCCUCCUCUGUGUCUCAAAGAUAAUUAAUUAUCUUCAGGUACAGAAAAAAACACAAUUUACAAACCCCCCAAAAGUACCCCCAAGAUCCAUGGAAACCCCACAAGAGUCACAUCCUCGGAUAGCCCUGAUCUGGGUGACCAACAUAUCCAAAAAUCACCCAGAUCGGUUCAGUGGUUCGGAUUUUCCAUGGAAGUCAGUGUUUUUAACAUGUCUUUUUACAUGGCCCAUAGUCUUUGGGCAGGAGGCAGCUUUGCCACAGGGAUUAAAGGGACACUAUAGUCACCAGAACAACUCCAGCUUAUUGAAUUAGUUCUGGUGAGUAGAAUCAUUACCUUCAGGCCUUUUUCUGUAAACCCUGUCUUUUCAGAGAAAAUGCAGUGUUUACAUUACAGCCUAGUGAUAACUUCACUGGCCACUCCUCAGAUGGCUGUUAGAGAUCCUUCUUGGGUCAUGGCUGCCUAAAAUUCAUCCAAACAUUCAGUAUCUCCUCCCUCUGCAUGCAGGCACUGAACUUUCCUCAUAGAGAUUCAUUGAUUCAAUUCAUCUCUAUGAGGAGAUGCUGAUUGGCCAGGGCUGUGUUUGACUUGUGCUGGCUCUGCCUCUUUGUCAGUCUCAGCUAAUCCUAUGGGGAAGCACUGUGAUUGGAUUGGGCUACCACUUCUGAUGAUGUCAGCUGUUUGUUUUUCUGAGUGUAACAGCAUGCAGAGUUACAGCUUCAGGCUUGAAUACAGUAAGAUUUUACUAUAUUUAUGGAGGCAUGAGGUACCCAGGGGGGCUAGAUGGUGGUUUUAACAUGAUAGGGACAGGAAUACAUGUUUGUGUUCCUGACCCUAUAGUGAUCCUUUAAAGACAAUUGAGGGUGAACAUGCCAUUCUACCCCCAGCAGUGUAGCCAGGCUGGGCAAUUAGUGUAUUGGUGAGACACUUAAUGCCUUUAUUUUUUUUUAUUUACUGCUGUGGGGUUUGUUUGUUUUUUCUUAUAUACUUAGAAUGCGUAAAAUAAAAUUCUGACGCUUUCUAAACUUUCAGGGUUAUUUACUAAAUGGAGAGUUCAAGGUAAAUUCAAAGUAAAUUUCAAAUCCAAGGUAGAAAUAGCUGAGCUGGAAACAUUUGCAGCUGUGCUCCCGGUUUGGCUACUUUUGGCUUAGAAGGGACACAAUAGUCACCAGACCAGCUACAGCUUAAUGUCCAGCAUUCAGGUGAAGGAGGUGCUUCCUGCGUUGUCUAACACUUAUUUGAUGCAUCUCUAUUUCAAUGUCUCCCUGCAAACGCUAAAUAUCAGUGUAUAUCAGGGAUUCUCAACCCAGUCCUCAGGACCCCCUACCAGUCCAGGAUUUGGGGAUUACCUGGGUGUGUCUCAGGUGUUUAGAAAAAGGGAAAAAAACACCUUAGACUCCAAGAUGUUUUUUUUUUUCGUUUUCUAAACACCUGAGACACACCCAGGUAUUCCCUAAACCCUGGACUGGUAGGGGGUCCUGAGGACUAACGUUGAGAACCCCUGGUGUAUAUCCAUGAGGAAAUGAAACAUAGAAACAUAGAAUGUGACGGCAGAUAAGAACCAUUUGGCCCAUCUAGUCUGCCCAAUUUUCUAAAUACUUUCAUUAGUCCCUAGUCUUAUCUUAUAGUUAGGAUAGCCUUAUGCCUAUCCCACGCAUGCUUAAACUCCUUUACUGUGUUAUGCUGCCAGGUCGGUGUUUGACUCUGCCCCCAAACCACCUCUUUGGCUGAGAUAAUCAGAAUUGACCAUCUCAGCCAAUCCAACGCUUUCCUAUGGGACUUGUGUGCUGCUGGGAAAAAAAUUGUAUGUUUUCUACCUGUUAAUAGGUUCCUAAUGUGUUUUUAACACUAUAGGGUCAGAAUUACACGCUUGUGUUCCUUUAAAUUUGAAAUUCACAUUAAAUUCUCAUGUUUGUACCACAGCGCCUCAAGGUCCAAGGCUGUCCUGUGUGUGUUUUAACCCUGUCCAAACAUACUAUUGGGUUUUUAGGUAAUCAUUGUGUGUGUUUGUCUGUAAACUGCCAGCAGAGCUACAUUUGGGUUUUUUGGUAUUCUGUGUGUGUGUGUGUGUGUCUCUCUCUCUCUCUGUAUAACUAUGUGUGUAUAUAACUGCCAGCGGAGCUACAUUUGCGUUUGUUGGUAUUCUGUGUGUGUGUGUGUGUCUGUCUGUCUCUCUCUCUCUCUCUCUCUCUCUCUCUCUCUCUCUCUCUCUCUCUCUCUCUCUCUCUCUCUCUCUCUCUCGAACUGUGCGCACGCAAAACACUCAGAAUUAUGUAAGUGCUGAUUUAAUCCUUGUUCCUUUCUUCAGUUGCUGAUUGAAGACCAGCAUAGGUUCUCCUUUCUGUGAUCAGCAUGGAUGAUAUAUUCACCCAGUGCCGUGAAGGAAACGCAGUGGCUGUCCGCCUGUGGCUGGAUAACACAGAGAACGACCUGAACCAAGGGUGAGCAGGCACCAACAUGUUGUGGGAGAGUUUUAAAAAUGGGGUGAAAUGAAUGCAAUAAAAGACACUGGUCUCUGAGGUAGAUGGGUUUCCACCAAGUUUUUAAUAAGUAUUUUAGGUGUGAUUUCCGCUGUGAUUCCGGCAGGACACAGAAUCUGUUCCAAUAUCCUAAUACAGAACCGGUCGUGAUCUGUAUUGUGCCCAACUCUUUCUUUUGUGUGGAUGGUUUGGUGGAUCGAAGCAGUCUCUGGAUAGGAUGGAGAUUAAAACACAGUUCGGUAAUGGUAUUUACUGCUAGGAGGGUAUUUUACAAACCAGAUCCGACCAGCCAUAAUAUUAACUACAUAUCCAUGAAUGAGUGGUGAAAUACAGCAAAUCAUCGUGGUAAAGAUGGUCACAAAUGUUAUGGUGACAAAAGGUCCAAUCGAGGUGGAGAAUCUUCCAGUUAUUCGGUAUCUGAAUGUUUGCUGGGUGCAAUGUGAGCGUUUCUUAAAUAAAAACCCAGUUAAUUUCCAUUUCAUUUAGAGCUCUCCGGGAUUUACCCCUUCUUAGUCUGAAUAUAAUCCCUUAUCUUGAUUGCAGUGAUGACCAUGGCUUCAGUCCGCUGCACUGGGCUUGCCGCGAGGGCCGCAGUAAUAUCGUAGACAUGUUAAUAAUGAGAGGUGCACGGAUCAAUGUUAUGAACCGAGGGGAUGACACUCCGUUACACCUUGCUGCCAGCCAUGGCCAUCGUGAUAUUGUGCAGAAGGUAAGUGCCCUGUUACCCCUUGUUGAUCUCUCACAGACCCAGAACAGGCCUCAAGCAGGAUCCAUUCAGAAUGUGUGUCCUUCUUACAGCUCAUCCAGUACAAAGCGGAUGUGAAUGCUGUCAAUGAGCAUGGGAACACGCCGCUGCACUAUGCCUGCUUCUGGGGACAGGAUGACGUUGCUGAGGUUUGAACAGUCUGUCAUAUAACAAACUAAAUUACACCCCAAAUUUACGCCUUCCUGCCUUCACUCAUCUCCCUUCCCACUGAUGGCCCUCCCUGCCGCCACUCUCCCCCCACUAAUAGCCUCCCUGCUGUCACCACCUCCCUCCACCUGUCAGCCACCUACUGAUAGCCCUCCCUGCCACUCAUACCCCCACUGAUAGCCCUCCCUCCCUGCCGCCACUCAUCCCCCCACUGAUAGCCCUCCCCUGCUACACUCAUCCCACCCACUGAUAGCCCUCCCUGCCGCCACUCACUUCCACUGAUAGCCCUCCCUGUGCCACUAUCCCACCCACUGAUAGCCCUUCCUGCGCUACCAUCCCCCCACUGAUAGCCCUCCCCUGCCGCCACUCACAUGCCCCCCACAUAGCCCCUGCCGCCACUCAUCCGGCCCCUACUGAUAGCCUCUUCCUCCCGCCACUAAUAUCCCAUCACUGAUAGACUUCCUGCCGCUACUCAUCCUUCCUCCCCACUGAUAGCCCUCCUGCCAUCACCCAUCCUUCCCCCACUGACGCCUCCCUGCAGUCACUCAUUCCCCCUCCCCCCCACUGAUAAAUCUCCCUGCGUCACUCAUCCCCCCCACACUGCCGUCACUUAUCCCCCUUCUCCCCCAUUGACAAACUAUGUAUUACACCUGUUCUUGUAACCAUUUCUGUACAAAUUAUGGCUCAUUUCUUUUGUUUUGUUUUUUAGGAUUUAGUAAACAACUCUGCAUUCAUCUAUAUUAGUAAUAAAUAUGGAGAAACCCCUUUGGAUAAAGGCAAAAACCAUCUGCGAGAGAUUCUGAGAGGUAAGCGUGUUGGCUGAGGCCAGGAGGAUGUAUAUUUGACUAAUGACACUACACCUUCUAUCGGUUCAGUAGGUCCAUCUAUUGGGUCAUGAUACCAUGUGUAACGGAUUGGUCAGUCUGUCUUCUAUCUUAUACCACACUGUGUGACGGAUUGGUCAGCCUAUCUUACACCGCGCUGUGUGACUGAUUGGUCAGUCUAUCUUACACCGCGCUAUGUGACGGAUUGGUCAGUCUAUCUUCUAUCUUAUACCACACUGUGUGACGGAUUGGUCAGUAUAGCUUACACCGCGCUGUGUGACGGAUUGGUCAGUCUAUCUUACACCGCGCUGUGUGACUGAUUGUUCAGUCUCUUACACCACACUGUGUGACGGAUUGGUCAGUCUAUCUUACACCACGCAGCGUGACGGAUUGGUCAGUCUAUCUUCUAUCUUAUACCACACUGUGUGACGUAUUGGUCAGUCUAUCUUACACCGCGCUGUGUGACGGAUUGGUCAGUCUAUCUUCUAUCUUACACCACACUGUGUGACGGAUUGGUCAGUCUAUCUUACACCGCGCUGUGUGACGGAUUGGUCAGUCUAUCUUACACCGCGCUGUGUGACGGAUUAGUCAGUCUAUCUCACACCGCGCUGUGUGACUGAUUGGUCAGUCUAUCUUACACCGCGCUGUGUGAUUGAUUGGUCAGUCUAUCUGUUGUCACACAGCGCUUUGUAACGGAAUGAUCUGUCUAUAUGCUUGGUCCCACCGUGCCAUAUAACUGAUCUGGUAAGAGGUACUCUGUAUCCAUUCAUUAUAUCAUUAUAUCUCCCUUUAUUGUCAAUAGCAACAAGACAGGACAAUAAUAUUUACAUCAUGUGCAAGGAAUCCAGUGACUGACUAAUAUGGGUCCCUCAUUUUUUUUGCGGUUUCCUCCACAGAUCGUGCGGAGAAGAUGGGUCAGAGUAUGAACCGGAUCCCUUAUAAGGACACCUUCUGGAAGGGGACAACUCGAACCAGACCACGUGAGAUGAUUACAGUUUAUUGCUCCUUAUUCCUGGUAUUCUGGCUGAACCUAUCCCUGUCUUGUAGCGGUUUCUCUUUUUCCGGUCUUCUCAAUUCCUCUAAAAAAAUAUAUAUAUUUAUUUAUUUAUUUUCAUCUAUGUAUUCUGCCAUUUUCUAUUGCUUUCCUUUUUCUUUCUUUUUCUGCCUUUUUUAAAAAAAAAAUUUAAAUUUUUUUUUUUAUUAUUUCCUUUACAGGAAAUGGUACGCUCAAUAAACAAGCUGGGAUUGAUUACACUCAGUUAUCGCGUACUCACAAACUCAAUGAAAAUCAUUCUGGAGAGGUGAGAGUGCGGGGUUAGUGGCCAGUCGGCUCACAAACGGGGAGUGGGAUCUUCAAAGGCAUCCAGCCUCCUGUUCCCUCUGCCGGUCACCUCGUUUAUUUGUUAUUAACCCCUUAAGUACCAAACUUCUGGAAUAAAAGGGAAUCCUGCCAUGUCACACAUGUCAUGUGUCCUUAAGGGGUUAAACUAGUCCUGCAUGUCUGACCAAUAGACCUCCUGUCUACCAGCCAACUGCCUCCAUUCUCCCAUUUUGGAGCAAUUCCAGUAAUGUAUCUGUAAAUGUUUUGUUAAUUUCCUUACUAUUUGUUUUUAAUGUGCAAAAAAUUUUCUUUACCAUUUCUUUAUCUUGUCCUUGGAUUACUUGUCAGCUGUGGAAGGGACGUUGGCAAGGAAAUGACAUUGUUAUUAAACUUCUGAAAAUACGAGACUGGAGUACGAGGAAGAGUCGAGACUUUAAUGAAGAAUACCCCAAACUAAGGUGCGAAAUACCUGCCAAAGCUGUUCUUAAUAAGACCGAAUCAACCCAUCAAUUCUGGUGGUCACCUACAUCUGACAUUUGGACCCAUGUCAAUGUUUUAUCUUCUCUCCAUGAGUUCACACGGUAUCUGCGUUUUGCCGUGUGGUGCCAUUGUCAUGCAGUGUCUGUUUUUGACCCAUGGCAGCGUUGUCAUUUGGUGCUUGUUUCAUGUAGAACAUUCUCCUAGGCCUCCUGAUUUUAGUUUUUUUUUUGUCUCUCAUUUCCUUAGGAUUUUCUCUCACCCAAAUGUUCUCCCAGUCUUGGGUGCCUGUCAGUCUCCUCCUGCUCCCCAACCUAUAUUGAUUACCCACUGGAUGCCAUAUGGAUCAUUAUACAAUGUUUUACAUGAGGGAACAAGUGAGUAAUAGCAUGUUUUGAGUGACACAGUGCCUGUUAGCGGACACGUUCUGACUUUGCCAACUCAGAACGUGUGUUUGAGUGACUCCGCUAAUGCUUGUUAUUCCGCUUACAUUCAUGUGCAUUUUUUAUUUAUUUAAAUUUUUUUUAGGUCUGGUGGUGGACCAGUGUCAAGCUGUGAAGUUUGCCCUAGACAUUGCCCGUGGGAUGGCAUUCCUUCACACUCUAGAACCACUCAUCCCACGACACUAUCUUAACAGCCGCAGUGUAAUGGUGCGUUUCUCUGUUCUGCUUUCUGUAUCAACUCCCCUUUUCACACCCAGCAUUCUUCCCAUAGAAUGUUUUCUUAAUUCGCUGCCCCUACUGCAUGCCACCAUUGCUUUCCGUUAUUUAUUAAAGGUCCCCUUAAUGUAAUGGAUAGCUCUGUUUUUCUACUACCACUCAAAACUUUUUAUUUUUUUUUAUUUAUUUUUAUUAGAAAGACAUCCAUCCCCACACACACACACACUUUCUUCAUUCACUCCUUGUCCAUAAUAUAUCUCCAUCUAUAACCUCUGCAUCCUUCAUCUCCAAAGGCUUCCGGCACAUAUCUCUCUUCCUGUUUGUCUUUUCUGUCAUUCUCUCACCUUGUUGACUCUCCCUGACAGAUUGAUGAAGAUAUGACUGCUCGGAUCAGCAUGGCUGAUGUAAAACUUUCAUUUCAAUGUCCAGGUCGGAUGUACUGCCCAGCUUGGGUGGCACCUGAGGGUAUGUUUAAAGUUCUGCAUUUCUUAUGCAAAGGAAAAACACCAGAUAUAGAUAUAUAGAUAGUCUGCAUGAAAUGUCUGUGCGGUACUGGCGUUCGUGUCUGUGUAAAAUGUAAAUGCGUGCUGGCAUCAGUGUCUGUGUAAUGUGUGAAUACAAUAUUGUGGUUAGUUUCUGUGUGAGGUGUGAAUGCGGUGCUGGGGUUGGUGUCUGUGAGGUGUGAAUGCGGUGCUGGGGUUGGUGUCUGUGAGGUGUGAAUGCGGGGCUGGGGUUGGUGUCUGUGAGGUGUGAAUGCGGGGCUGGGGUUGGUGUCUGUGAGGUGUGAAUGCGGGGCUGGGGUUGGUGUCUGUGAGGUGUGAAUGCGGGGCUGGGGUUGGUGUCUGUGAGGUGUGAAUGCGGGGCUGGGGUUGGUGUCUGUGAGGUGUGAAUGUGGGGAUGGGGUUGGUGACUGGUGUGAAUGCGGCGAUGGGGUUGGUGUCUGUGAGGUGUGAAUGCGGGGAUGGGGUUGGUGUCUGCGAGGUGUUAAUGCCGUACUGGGGUAAGAGUAUCUGCAUAAGGAGUAAUCUCUAACCUACUAUUUACGAUUUAAUGCAUUAACCCCCAGAAUUGAUCUUUCUCAGCUCUCCAGAAGCGUCCUGAAGACAUUAAUCGCCGUUCGGCUGACAUGUGGAGCUUUGCAGUUCUUCUCUGGGAGCUAGUAACACGUGAAGUUCCCUUUGCUGACCUUUCAAACAUGGAGAUUGGCAUGAAGGUGAGUGACAGAGAACGGACUUUUAUUUUCUUAUUAUUGAACAUGCGAUGUUUUCAUUGAUGCUGGGGCCGUAAUGCUGUGAUUAGUCAAUCAUGUCACAUUGGGAUUCUGUGGCUGGUUAUCUUUGUCCCAUAUGGAUGGAGUUAUCUGGUGAAUAAAUCCUUUCCCAAAGGAAUGACCCAGACUACCAGUACCUCUCCACUAUGGAACACAACUUUUUCAGUAAAUUAAUACUUCAAUGUCUCCUAUUGAUGCCCCAAACUGACACAUUCGGUCCCUAUGACCCAAAUAGCUGAUCUCUGCCACCCAAGUGUGGCCCAGACUGCUGAAUCCAUCUCCAUUGGGUUGCACUGACUAAGGCAAGUAAUUAUGUUGGGAUGUUUUACAGGUGUCCCUGGAAGGCCUCCGUCCCACAAUACCCCCUGGUAUCUCACCACAUAUCUGCAAACUGAUGAAGAUCUGUAUGAAUGAGGACCCAGCCAAGCGACCCAAGUUUGAUAUGAUUGUUCCCAUCCUGGAGAAAAUGCAGGAGAAGUAACAGGUUUCCUUCUCUACACAACUUGGCAAAAAUAUUCAACCAGAUAUGCAAAACCACAGCUACGCAAUCACCAAUGGUGGCCUUAGCCUAAACAUUAGCCAUUAUGGUUUGCCAAGUGCCUUCCAGAAAAAGUGAACUGUCUUAAUUACCUACUCCAGCAAGAGAGAGUGUUCUCCAACAAUUGCAUGAUCUUCUACAAACACGCAUAGUGUGCAGCCAGGUACAUAUAACAAAAGGACACAGAUUGAUUUGCACAUACAUUGCUAAGCAUGCAGACUAAUGGAACUAAAAUGUCUGAUUAUACCUGGAGGACCGGAUUCACUAAGCUGGGAUUGAUAUGCGCUUUCUCCUGUCUCUCGUCAAUACCAAAGUGUUUACGAGCUGUCUUUGCAUGUCGUCACAUGGGAGAACUAUGCCUCAGCAGUAGAUCUUUGCUUUCACUGCUCUGAUUGUCCUGGCCGAUGGCGUUGCUUCUAACCAUACAGCACCGGUGCUCUGAUUGUCCUGGCCGGUGGCGUUGCUUCUAACCAUAUUGCACUGCUCACACAAGGCUGCCAGAGGAGUUUAUCAUGCACAAGUUAUGCUUGGUUCAAUUGUUGUGGUUUCAGAAUAUUACCUGUCGGAAGAGUUGUGUGAUGCCACAUAAUCUGUAAGGGUCCACGUGCACGCCAUUCUAGGUGGAAUAAUAUAGAGUGGUGUCACUCCCUAUAUGCUGUGCAGCCACAUCUCUAUAUAGCAAGUGCCCUGUAUAAUUCUAUAUCACAAUGUAUCACUAUAGUAUGGAUCAUAUCUUGCUGCUUGCAUACACGUCAAGACCAUUCUUGUCUCUGUGUACCCUCAGUGUCCCCCUUCAGCCAUUCAUCCCGGGGUGACUUUUCUAUAAAUAUAAAUAUAUAUAUAUAUAUAAAAUAAUUAACCUUGCUCACAUUGAAAGCUAAUAAAUACUAUUUUAAAAAUAG